UUGAGUAGUAGUAUGCUGGACGUGGGGAAGUGGCCAGUGUUUGCUCUCCUGCCUCCAGAGGAACUGCGUCUGAUAAGACAGGCCUGUGUGUUCGGCAGCGCUGCCAACGAAGCCCUCUAUGUCACCGUCAACGAUGAGGUACGCUCAGCACCAGAGGCUGCAGACAGACACGGUGUACUUACCAAAUGGCACCCUAUUCCCUAUGUAGUUCGCUAUUUUUGACAUUUACUUACCAAAUGGCCCCCUAGUCCCUAUGUAGUUCGCUAUUUUUGACAUUUACUUACCAAAUGGCACCCUAUUCCCUAUGUAGUUCGCUAUUUUUGACAUAUACUUACCAAAUGGCACCCUAUUCCCUAUGUAGUUUGCUACUUUUGACAUACAGUACCAGUCAAAAGUUUGGACACAUACUAAUGUAAGUGUUUUUCUUAAUUUUUUACUAUUUUCUACAUUGUAGAAAUAAUAGUGAAGACAUCAAAACUAUGAAAUAACACAUAUGGAAUCAUGUAGUAAACAAAAAAGUGUUAAACAAAUCAAAAUAUAUUUUAUAUUUGAGAUUCUUCAAAUAGCCACCCUUUGCCUUGAUGACAGCUUUGCACACUCUUGGCAUUCUCUCAACCAGCUUCAUGAGGUAGUCACCUGGAAUGCAUUUCAAUUAACAGGUGUGCCUUCUUAAAAGUUAAUUUGUGGAAUUUCUUUCCUUCUUAAUGCGUUUGAGCCAAUCAGUUGUGCUGUGACAAGGUAGGGUAAGAAGAUAGCCCUAUUUGGUAAAAGACCAAGUCCAUAUUAUGGCAAGAACAGCUCAAAUAAGCAAAGAGAAACAACAGUCCAUCAUUACUUUAAGACAUGAAAGUCAGUUGAUCCGGAAAAUUAAGAACUUUGAAAGUUUCUUCAAGUGCAGUCGCAAAAACCAUCAUGCGCUAUGGUGAAACUGGCUCUCAUGAGGACCGCCACAGGAAAGGAAGACCCAGCGUUACCUCUGCUGCAUAGGAUAAGUUCAUUAGAGUUAUCAGCCUCAGAAAUCGUCAAUUCACUGCACCUCAGAUUGCAGCCCAAAUAAAUGCUUCACAGAGUUCAAGUAACAGACACAUCUCAACAUCAACUGUUCAGAGGAGAAUGCGUGAAUCAGGCCUUCAUGGUUGAAUUGUUGCAAAGAAACCACUACUAAAUGACACCAAUAAGAAGAGGAGACUUGCUUGGGCCAAGAAACACAAGCAAUGGACAUUAGACCGGUGGAAAUCUGUCCUUUGGUCUGAUGAGUCCAAAUUUGAGAUUUUUGGUUCCAACCGCUGUGUCUUUGUGAGACGAAGAUUAGGUGAACGGAUGAUGUCCGCAUGUGUGAAGCAUGGAGGAGGAGGUGUGAUGGUGUGGGGGUGCUUUGCUGGUGACACUGUCAGUGAUUUAUUUAGAAUUCAAGGCACACUUAACCAGAAUGGCUACCACCGCAUACUGCAGCGAUAUGCCAUCCCAUCUGGUUUGCGCUUAGUGGGACUAUCAAUUGAUUUUCAACAGGACAAUGACCCAAAACACCUCCAGGCUGUGUAAGUGCUAUUUGACCAAGAAGGAGAGUGAUUGAGUGCUGCAUCAGAUGACCUGUCCUCCACAAUCACCCGACCUCAACCCAAUUGAGAUGAGUUGGAACGCAGCGUGAAGAAAAAAGCAGCCAACAAGUGCUCAGCAUAUGUGGGAACUCCUAACUAUAGCCUACUACUAUUAUGUAAAAGACAAGCUCAAAGUUAUAUUCUAACACAGUCCGACGGGCCUAGUGUUUAUGAAAUAAUUGUGUUUAGUACUUGGACGAGGCCCAGUAGGCUACUGGGCCUGACGGUAAUCAGCAGCAGGAAGACGACUGGAAACAGAGAGGCCUUGUUGUUUGGUACACUGAGGCAGUGAGUUCCAAAUGGCACCCUAUUCCCUACAUACAGUGCCAUGCAAAAGUAUUCAAACCCCUUGGAUUUCUUCACAUUUUAUUGUGUCACAGAGUGGGAUUUCAAAUUGAUUUAAUUGUCAUAUUUUUGUCAACAAGCUACACACAAUACUCUGUCAAAGUGGAAGAACAUUGUUAUGUAAAAAAAAUGAUUGAUUAAUAGAAAUUUAAAUAACAAAAAUAUAGUCGUUGCAUAAGUAUUCAGCUUCCUGAGUCGAUACAUGUUAGAAACCUUUGGCAUCGAUUACAGUUGUGAGUCUUCUUGGUUAAGUCUAAGAGCUUUGCACACCUGGAUUGUACAAUAUUUGCCCAUUAUUAUUUUCAAAGUUCUUCAAGCUCUAUCAACUUGGUUGUUGAAUAUUGCUAGACAGCCAUUUUCAAGUCUUGCCAUAGAUUUUCAAGCCGAUUUUAAGUCAAAACUGUAACUAGGCCACUCAGGACAUUCAAUGUUGUCUUGGUAAGCAAUUCCAUUGUAUAUUUGGCCUUGUGUUUUAGGUUAUUGUCCUGCUGAAAGGUGAAUUUGUCUCCCAGUGUCUGUUGGAAAGCAGACUGGACCAGGUUUUCCUCUAGGAUUCUGCCUGUGCUUUGCUCUUUUCCGUUUCUUUUCAUCCUGAAAAACUCCCUAGUCCUUGCCGACGACAAGCAUACCCAUAACAUGAUACAGCCACCACCAUUCUUGAAAAUAUGAAGAGGUACUCAGUGAUGUGUUGUGUUGGAUUUGCCCCAAACAUAACGCUUUGUAUUCAGGACAUAAAGUAUAUUUCUUAGGCACAAUUUUUGCAGUUUUACUUUAGUGCUUUAUUGCAAACAGAAUGCAUGUUUUGGAAUAUUUUUAUUCUGUACAGGCUUCCUUCUUUUCGCUAUGUCAUUUAGGUUAAUAUUGUGGAGUAACUACAAUGUUGUUGAUCCAUCCUCAGAUUUAUCCCAUCACAGCCAUUAAACUCUGUAACUGUUUUAAAGUCACCGUUGGCCUCAUGGUGAAAUCCCCUGAACGGUUUCCUUCCUCUCCAGCAACUGAGUUAGGACGGACGCCUGUAUCUUUGUAGUGACUGGGUGUAAUUAAUUUAAUAACUUCACCGUGCUCAAAGGGAUAUUCAAUGUGUCAAGGCGUCGGUGUGAUGCGGUAGGACGAAGUGCUAAUCCAAAAAACGUACUUUACUCGUAGGUAACGUAAAUAACAUAACCUCCACGCAGGGAGGAAACAAAACCCGCUCACAAUACGACAACCAAAACAUGCACAACACACAGUGGGAGCCAGAGGGUUAAAUAGGGAAGACAUAAAUUACGUAAUGGGAAACGGGUGUGACCAAUACAGACAAAACAAGUAGAACAUAGAAACAUGGAUCGGUAGCGGCUAGUACUCCGGUGACGACGAACGCCGAAGCCUGCCCGAGCAAGGAGGAGGAGGGGCAGCCUCGGCUGAAUUCGUUGACACAAUGUCUGCUUUUUUUUAUCUUUCUCCAUCUACCAAUAGGUGCCCUUAUUUGCGAGGCAUUGGAAAACCUCCCUGGUCUUUGUGGUUGAAUCUGUGUUUUGAAAAUUCACUGCUCGACUGUUGGACCUUACAGAUAAUUGUAUCUGUGGGGUACAGAGACGAGGUAGUCAUCUAAAAAAUAAUGUUAAACAGUAUUAUUGCACACAAAGUCAAUGCAACUUAUUAUGUGACUUGUUAAGCACAUUUUUGCUCCUGAACUUAUUUAGGCUUGCCAUAACAAAAGGGUUGAUUUACUUCUUGACUUAAGACAUUUCAGCCUUUCAUUUUUAAUUAAUUUGUACAAAUUUUGAAAAACCCAAUUCCACUUUUACAUUAUAGGGUAUUGUGUGUAGGACAAUGACACAACAUCUCAAUCCAUUUUAAAUUCAGGCUGUAACACAACAAAAGGUGGAAAACGUCAAGGGGUGUGAAUACUUUCUGAAGGCACUGUAUGGGGGGGAAGAGGAAGGGGUAGUCAUUCAAAAAUCAUGUCCCCUAUUAUUUCACACAGAGUGAGUCCAUGUGACUUAUUAUGUGAUUUGUUGAGCUACAUUUUACUCCUGAACUAAUUUAGGCUAAACAAGGGGGCUGAAUACUUAUGCAACGACUGUAAGUUAUGCAUUUUAAUAAAUACAAAUAAAUAAAAAAAUCUUCCACUUUCACAUUAGAGUAUUAUGUGUAGAUUGUUGACAAGAAAUUACAAAUCCAGUUUAAUUCCACUUUGUAACACAAUAAAAUGUGAAGAAAUCCUUGCAAAAGUAUUUCGGAUGAAUACUUUUUGCAAGGCACUGUAUAGGCAAUAGGGUGUAAUUUGGGACAGUGAUAGUUCUAGAGACAGGGUAAAGCAGAUAGUGGGGCUAUAUUUAGCCCUGUAAAGCAGAUAGUGGGGCUAUAUUUAGCCCUGUAAAGCCAGUACAAGCCCUUUUUGAUCCAUGUGAAAGCCUCCAGUUCAUGUCUGACUGCGUCUUCACACACUGAUCCAUUUGUUUUUCUCAGAGGGACCCAGUUUACAGCCAGACAAUGUUUCUUUCUUUUUAUCAUGCGGUGUCUUUAUAAACACAAAACUAUGACAAUUUGUUGUCAUAGUAGCACCCAGACUAAACUUAUUCUAAGGUCUUUCAACAAAAAUUUCUCCAUGCAUGCUUUUUAGUUCAAGCAUAGGAUUAGCCUGGGUCCGGGAAACGGGCCCUAGAUGUUUAUCAUGGAAAUAAUGUGAUAAGAAUGAGUUAUGGGGACAAAAAAAACAUGCCUAAUAUAGUUUUACGAUCCUUUUUAGCUCAUAGAAAUCAAGCAGAGCCAUAUGAGCUCUGGUCAAAAAGUACUGCACUCUACAGGGAAUAGGGUGUCAUUUGGGACUCAACCAAGCUGUCUUGCUCCUCCAUUGUACAGGUGUUCGCCCUGGGCACAAACUGUAGUGGCUGUCUGGGUCUGGGGGACCUCCAGAGCACCAUAGAGCCCCGCAGGAUCGACGUGCUAUGUGGGAAGAAGAUAGUCUCUCUGAGCUACGGAACAGGACCACAUGUAGUCAUCGCUACUGCCGGUGAGAUGAGACGGUCUAAAUCAUGUUUGGUACAUGUGUUGCUUGUUAAAGUGGGAUUCCCUAUAUAUUUUUGUAUGUUUUCUUGUCAAGAAAUAGAUUCUGUAUUUUCCCUGAGUAUAAGGUAGACAUUGGAUUGAGGUUAUAUCUUACAACAAGUGGUUUAAUUCUGACCUAUAAAUGUGGAUAUUUGUCAACUAAAUCAAAUCAAUCUAUUAUAUGCGCUGUGUAGAUGGAGAGGUGUUUGCCUGGGGCCACAAUGGUUACAGCCAGCUGGGCAAUGGGACCACCAACCAUGGCCUGACCCCAGCUCAGGUCUCCACUAACCUGCUCAACAAGAGGGUGACUGAGGUGGCCUGUGGCUCUCACCACACCAUUGCCCUCACUACCGACGGAGAGGUAGGAUGCAUCCCAAAUUGCACCCUAUUUCUUAUAGUGCACCACUUUUGACCAGGGCCCAUAGUUAUGGGCUAUUACCAGGGUACAGGAAGUAGAAAAUAACAUGGCUAUAUACAGGAAGUAGAAAAUAACAUGGCUAUAUACAGGGAGUAGAAAAUAACAUGGCUAUAUACAGGAAGUAGAAAAUAACAUGGCUAUAUACAGGGAGUAGAAAAUAACAUGGCUAUAUACAGGAAGUAGAAAAUAACAUGGCUAUAUACAGGAAGUAGAAAAUAACAUGGCUACAUACAGGAAGUAGAAAAUAACAUGGCUAUAUACAGGAAGUAGAAAAUAACAUGGCUAUAUACAGGAAGUAGAAAAUAACAUGGCUAUAUACAGGGAGUAGAAAAUAACAUGGCUACAAACAGGAAGUAGAAAAUAACAUGGCUAUAUACAGGGAGUAGAAAAUAACAUGGCUAUAUACAGCCACGCUCAAGGUCCUAAACGAUAUUAUAACCGCGAUUGAUAAUAGACAGUACUGUGCAGCCGUCUUCAUCGACCUGGCCAAGGCUUUCGACUCUGUCAACCACCGCAUUCUUAUUGGCAGACUAAAUAGCCUUGGUUUCUCAAAUGACUGCCUCGCCUGGUUCACCAACUACUUCUCAGAUAGAGUUCAGUGUGUCAAAUCGGAGGGCCUGUUGUCUGGACCUAUGGCAGUCUCUAUGGGGGUGCCACAGGGUUCAAUUCUUGGGCCGACACUUUUCUCCGUGUAUAUCAAUGAUGUCGCUCUUGCUGCUGGUGACUCUCAGAUCCACCUCUACGCAGACGACACCAUUUUGUAUACAUCUGGCCCUUCAUUGGACACUGUGUUAACAAACCUCCAAACGAGCUUCAAUGCCAUACAACACUCCUUCAGUAGCCUCCAACUGCUCUUAAACACUAGUAAAACUAAAUGCAUGCUUUUCAAUCGAACGCUGCUGGCACCCGCCCACCCGACUAGAAUCACCACUCUCGACGGGUCUGACCUAGAGUAUGUGGACAACUACAAAUACCUAGGUGUCUGGUUAGACUGUAAACUCAACUUCCAGACUCACAUAAAGAAUCUCCAAUCCAAAGUUAAAUCUAGAAUCGGCUUCCUAUUUCGCAACAAAGCCUCCUUCACUCAUGCUGCCAAACAUGCCCUCGUAAAACUGACUAUCCUACCGAUCCUUGACUUCGGCGAUGUCAUUUACAAAAUAGCCUCCAACACUCUACUCAGCAAAUUGGAUGUAGUCUAUCACAGUGCCAUCCGUUUUGUCUCCAAAGCCCCAUACACUACCCACCACUGUGACCUGUACGCUCUUGUUGGCUGGUCCUCACUACAUGUUCGUCGUCAAACCCACUGGCUCCAGGCCAUCUAUAAAUCACUGCUAGGCAAAUCCCCGCCUUAUCUUAGCUCAUUGGUCACCAUAGCAGCACCCACCCGUAGUCUGCGCUCCAGCAGGUAUAUCUCACUGGUCAUUCCCAAAGCCAACACCUCCUUUGGCCGCCAUUCCUUCCAGUUCUCUGCUGCCAAUGACUGGAACGAAUUGCAAAAAUCUCUGAAGCUGGAGACUCUUAUCUCCCUCACUAACUUUAAGCAUCAGUUGUCAGAGCAGCUUACCGAUCACUGCACCUGUACACAGCCCAUCUGAAAUUAGCCCACCCAACUACCUCAUCCCCAUAUUGUUAUUUAUUUUGCUCUUUUGCACCCCAGUAUCUCUAUUUGCACAUAAUCUCUUGCACAUCUAGCAUUCCAGUGUUAAUACUAUUGUAAUUAUUUUGCACUAUAGCCUAUUUAUUGCCUUACCUCCAUAACUUGCUACAUUUGCACACACUGUAUAUAUAUUUUCUGUUGUAUUUUUGACUUCAUGUUUUUUACCCCAUAUGUAACUCUGUGUUGUUUUUAUCGCACUGCUUUGCUUUAUCUUGGCCAGGUCGCAGUUGUAAAUGAGAACCUGUUCUCAACUGGCUUACCUGGUUAAAUAAAGGUGAAAUAAAAUAAAUAAAUAAAAAAGUAGAAAAUAACAUGGCUACAUACAGGAAGUAGAAAAUAACAUGGCUACAUACAGGAAGUAGAAAAUAACAUGGCUAUAUAAAGGAAGUAGAAAAUAACAUGGCUAUAUACAGGAAGUAGAAAAUAACAUGGCUACAUACAGGAAGUAGAAAAUAACAUGGCUAUAUACAGGAAGUAGAAAAUAACAUGGCUAUAUACAGGAAGUAGAAAAUAACAUGGCUAUAUACAGGAAGUAGAAAAUAACAUGGCUAUAUACAGGAAGUAGAAAAUAACAUGGCUAUAUACAGGAAGUAGAAAAUAACAUGGCUAUAUACAGGAAGUAGAAAAUAACAUGGCUAUAUACAGGGAGUAGAAAAUAACAUGGCUAUAUACAGGAAGUAGAAAAUAACAUGGCUAUAUACAGGAAGUAGAAAAUAACAUGGCUAUAUACAGGGAGUAGAAAAUAUCAUGGCUAUAUACAGGAAGUAGAAAAUAACAUGGCUAUAUACAGUGUUACAGGCUUUGGUUUUUCCAUUAAUAGUUAGAGUUUGCACGUGGGGCGCACAGAUUGGUGUCAUCUCGUUAGUGGGAAGGUGUUUCACCAGUAUGAAAAACGUAUGCACUCACUAACUAUAAAUCGCUCUGGAUUAGAGUGUCUGAUAAAAUGACUAAAAUGUAAAUGUAAAUGCUGGCCCAGGUGAUAUUUAAGAGUGGCUGGCCCAGGUGAUAUUUAAGAGUGGCUGGCCCAGGUGAUAUUUAAGCGUGGCUGGCCCAGGUGAUAUUUAAGAGUGGCUGGCCCAGGUGAUAUUUAAGAGUGGCUGGCCCAGGUGAUAUUUAAGAGUGGCUGGCCCAGGUGAUAUUUAAGAGUGGCUGGCCCAGGUGAUAUUUAAGAGUGGCUGGCCCAGGUGAUAUUUAAGAGUGGCUGGCCCAGGUGAUAUUUAAGAGUGGCUGGCCCAGGUGAUAUUUAAGAGUGGCUGGCCCAGGUGAUAUUUAAGAGUGGCUGGCCCAGUGCCCCGGUUGUCUUGAUAGAUGUGGAGCGUUAACACCUUUAGUUGUCUCUCCCUAUUUGACUUCUAGAAAAACAUGUUUUAAUCUGAUCUUUCCUGUUUUCAUUUUGCUCCACUUUGUGGUUUGCUUCCUGUCUUUCAGUUUGUGGGUUUUUCUUGUCUUUGCCUCUUCUUGGGCAGAUUUAGUGGGUCUCAUGGUGGUCGUCUUUUAGGUCCCAGGUGUUGUUGCUAGUCAACUUCCAGUGGACCCCCCCAUGAGUGUCUCUCAGAACCCCUCCUAAAACACCACCUGUUUAGUUUCGGUUGUUGUCAGUGACUCUUUGUUAGUUCCCCCUUCUGUUUGAGUGACAUUUUUUGGUAUUCUUGCCGGGGAACGUAAUAAAAUGGGGGCUUGUCCGGGAUCCUGUUUCCCAUGAGUGUGGUAGUCGCUCUAAUCUCCUACUCUGGUGCUCUGCUGUGCCAAGCUAUUUGAAUGUUCAAAAUACACUUUUGUGGUAGAGUUUCUGUCACUGACAUCCACCCUGAGGGGUUAUAAUAUUGGUGGAAUCAUUUUUAAAGUUGCAUAAACACACAGGUAAAUAAAACAAAGCCAUGGACUUUAUGUUGGAAGCAUUUGUGGAAAACCUUACAUGGGAGAUACUAGAUAAAUGUACGAAGGCGAAUCUGCUCAUUGCAAAGCAUUAUGACAUCAAAGAGGCAUCUGGCGAUCCGAAAGCAGUAGUCAAAGAGUUGAUCAGUACUGUUUUGGUGGAGGAGGAAAUCCUCUCGGAGAGAGAGGCUGAUAAAAAAGGGGUGCGACUGGUAGUGGGGUGAGUCCCGUAGACGUGCAACUGAGGGAGUUAGAACUAAAGGCAAAGUUGGAGCAACAUCAAUUAGAGUUGGAGCACAGGGAAAGACAAGAUGAACACGCAGCCAAACAACAAGAAGGUGAACAUAAAGCCAAACAACAAGAAGGUGAACAUGAAGCCAAACAACAAGAAGGUGAACACGCAGCCAAACAACAAGAUGGUGAACACGCAGCCAAACAACAAGAAGAUGAACACGCAGCCAAACAACAAGAAGAUGAACACGCAGCCAAACAACAAGAUGGUGAACAUGCAGCCAAACAACAAGAAGGUGAACACGCAGCCAAACAACAAGAAGGUGAACAUGAAGCCAAACAACAAGAUGGUGAACAUGCAGCCAAACAACAAGAAGGUGAACACGCAGCCAAACAACAAGAAGGUGAACAUGCAGCCAAACAACAAGAAGAUGAACAUGCAGCCAAACAACAAGAAGGUGAACAUGAAGCCAAACAACAAGAAGAUGAACACGCAGCCAAACAACAAGAUGGUGAACAUGCAGCCAAACAACAAGAAGGUGAACAUGCAGCCAAACAACAAGAAGGUGAACACGCAGCCAAACAACAAGAAGGUGAACAUGAAGCCAAACAACAAGAAGGUGAACACGCAGCCAAACAACAAGAAGAUGAACAUGCAGCCAAACAACAAGAAGGUGAACACGCAGCCAAACAACAAGAAGGUGAACACGCAGCCAAACAACAAGAAGGUGAACACGCAGCCAAACAACAAGAAGGUGAACACGCAGCCAAACAACAAGAAGGUGAACAUGCCAUUCAAUUAAGAGGGAUAGAUCUGUAAGCACUCCGAAUCCAGUCAGGCUACCCUGCACCAUAAACAGAGUUUGAUCUUGGUCAGAACAGCCGGCUUGUACCGCCUUUCAACGAAAAAGAGGUGGGUGUAUAUUUAACUGGGUUGCCACAUCCCUAAAAUGGACGCGAGAGAUUUGGUCACUACCCCUCCAUAGUGUUCUGGUGGGAAAAGCUCAAAGAGUACGCCGCUUUAUCUCUUCACCAGAGCUCAGAUACUGACACUGAUAAAAGCUGCUAUCUUUCAGGCUUACAAGUUGGUCCCAGAGGCAUAAAGACAACAGUUCCGUAAAUUACGAAAGACAGAAUCACAAAGCCAUGUUGAGUUAUGCAAGGAAAAAGCAUGUCUUUUUAAACAGUGGUGUGUUUCUCAAGAGGUCAAUGACCUUGAGGAUUUUAAGACACUCCUACUUCUCGAGCCUGUCCUUCAUGUUGGAGGGUGUUUUGUCUUUGUCUGACACUUCAGCAACUGGUUACGGUGUGUUAGUACAAGGCGUGGAGAUUGGUUGCAUGGAAGUUUCCGUUGUCGUUGGAGUGAGGCUUAGCCUACCGGUGAAGGGGGUCUCAUUCAUUUUGGGAAACGAUUUGGCUGGAGGGAAGGUCGUGCCGAAUCCUGUAGUUUGUAAGGAACCCGGAGUAGAGGAACCCGAUGUGUUAUCAGUAAAGUACCCUAGACUGUUCCCAGUGUGUGCUGUUACACCUGCUAUGUCUAAGAAAGUCACCGGGAGCAAGUCUAGUGUUGAGGAGGAUGUCAGAGAUUCCCACCAUAGCAAGUCUAGUGUUGAGGAGGAUGUCAGAGAUUCCCACCAUAGCAAGUCUAGUGUUGAGGAGGAUGUCAGAGAUUCCCACCAUAGCAAGUCUAGUGUUGAGGAGGAUGUCAGAGAUUCCCAUCAUAGCAAGUCUAGUGUUGAGGAGGAUGUCAGAGCUCCCACCAUAGCAAGUCUAGUGUUGAGGAGGAUGUCAGAGAUUCCCACCAUAGCAAGUCUAGUGUUGAGGAGGAUGUCAGAGCUCCCACCAUAGCAAGUCUAGUGUUGAGGAGGAUGUCAGAGAUUCCCACCAUAGCAAGUCUAGUGUUGAGGAGGAUGUCAGAGCUCCCACCAUGGGCGAUCUGUCAGAGACGUUUAUGGGUGAUCCUGAUUUCGGGGAAACCUCCUGAGUUGACCUCUCCUUGGAAAACUCCUGAAGCUGAAGAGGUUUCCUACAGUUGACACUUCGAUGUCUAGGAAUCAGCUGAUUGCUGAACAGACUAAAGAUGUUUCCCUCUCCCCUCUUUUUGCUGAGAUACAGUGGGGAGAACAAGUAUUUGAUACACUGCCGAUUUUGCAGGUUUUCCUACUUACAAAGCAUGUAGAGGUCUGUAAUUUUUAUCAUAGGUACACUUCAACUGUGAGAGACGGAAUCUAAAACAAAAAUCCAGAAAAUCACAUUGUAUGAUUUUUACGUAAUUAAUUUGCAUUUUAUUGCAUGACAUAAGUAUUUGAUACAUCAGAAAAACAGAACUUAAUAUUUGGUACAGAAACCUUUGUUUGCAAUUACAGAGAUCAUAUGUUUCGUGUAGGUCUUGAACAGGAUUGCACACACUUCAGCAGGGAUUUUGGCCCACUCCUCCAUACAGACCUUCUCCAGAUCCUUCAGGUUUCGGGGCUGUCGCUGGGCAAUACGGACUUUCAGCUCCCUCCAAAGAUUUUCUAUUGGGUUCAGGUCUGGAGACUGGCUAGGCCACUCCAGGACCUUGAGAUGCUUCUUACGGAGCCACUCCUUAGUUGCCCUGGCUGUGUGUUUCGGGUCGUUGUCAUGCUGGAAGACCCAGCCACAACCCAUCUUCAAUGCUCUUACUGAGGGAAGGAGGUUGUUGGCCAAGAUCUCACGAUACAUGGCCCCAUCCAUCCUCCCCUCAAUACGGUGCAGUCGUCUUGUCCCCUUUGCAGAAAAGCAUCCCCAAAGAAUGAUGUUUCCACCUCCAUGCUUCACGGUUGGGAUGGUGUUCUUGGGGUUGUACUCAUCCUUCUUCUUCCUCCAAACACGGCGAGUGGAGUUUAGACCAAAAAGCUAUAUUUUUGUCUCAUCAGACCACAUGACCUUCUCCCAUUCCUCCUCUGGAUCAUCCAGAUGGUCAUUGGCAAACUUCAGACGGGCCUGGACAUGCGCUGGCUUGAGCAGGGGGACCUUGCGUGCACUGCAGGAUUUUAAUCCAUGACGGCGUAGUGUGUUACUAAUGGUUUUCUUUGAGACUGUGGUCCCAGCUCUCUUCGGGUCAUUGACCAGGUCCUGCCGUGUAGUUCUGGGCUGAUCCCUCAACUUCCUCAUGAUCAUUGAUGCCCCACGAGGUGAGAUCUUGCAUGGAGCCCCAGACCGAGGGUGAUUGACCGUCAUCUUGAACUUCUUCCAUUUUCGAAUAAUUGCGCCAACAGUUGUUGCCUUCUCACCAAGCUGCUUGCCUAUUGUCCUGUAGCCCAUCCCAGCCUUGUGCAGGUCUACAAUUUUAUCCCUGAUGUCCUUACACAUCUCUCUGGUCUUGGCCAUUGUGGAGAGGUUGGAGUCUGUUUGAUUGAGUGUGUGGACAGGUGUCUUUUUAUAAAGGUAAUGAGUUCAAACAGGUGCAGUUAAUACAGGUAAUGAGUGGAGAACAGGAGGGCUUCUUAAAGAAAAACGAACAGGUCUGUGAGAGCCGGAAUUCUUACUGGUUGGUAGGUGAUCAAUUACUUAUGUCAUGCAAUAAAAUGCAAAUUAAUUACUUAAAAAUCAUAUAAUGUGAUUUUCUGGAUUUUUGUUUUAGAUUCUGUCUCUCACAGUAGAAGUGUACCUAUGAUAAAUAUUACAGAACUCUACAUGCUUUGUAAGUAGGAAAACCUGCAAAAUCGGCAGUGUAUCAAAUACUUGUUCUCCCCACUGUAUGUCCAGAGAAGGAGUUUGAAGUUCGGGGGGGGGGGGGGGUUACUUUGACAGAGAUGGUGUUCUAAUGAGAAAAUUCCAUUCUCGCGCCACUUCCCGGGCAACACGAUUGGCCCAGUGUAUCUCAAAUUGUCGUUUCCAGUUAAGCUUCGACAAGAGAUACUGAGUUUGGCUCACGAUGGUAGUAUGGCAGGCCAUCUUGGGGUCAACAAGACGUAUGACCGUAAUUUCGUCUGGCCUGGUCUGAAACAGGAUGUUGUGUCUUACUGUAAAUCCUGUCGCGUUUUGCCCAGCGGACGGGUAAACCGAACCAAGCAGUACCGGUUGCACCCUUUGCAGCCUAUUUCCUGCUUUUGACAAACCUUUCAGCAGGGUUCUGGUGGAUUGUGUUGGUCCUUUGCCCAAAGCCAAGAGUGGGAACCAGUUUGUCUUAACCAUACUUUUUGGCUGCCAUUCAUUUCCCUGAGGCCAUUCCACGGAGGAAAAUCACGGCUCCCAGUAUUGUUAAGGCCCUGGUGAAAUUAUUUUCAACAUUUGGACUUCCGCAAGUAGUGCAAUUGACAUGAAAUUCGAACCUUGGUCCAAAGGUAUUCCAGCAAUUGGGUGUUGCCCAUUGCCCCUCUAGUGUCUACCACAGGUUCUCUUGAGAGAUUUCAUCAGACUUAAAUCAUUCUCUCUACUAUUAUUCUGACAUUUCAACAUUCUUAAAAUAAAGUGGUGAUCCUAACUGACCUAAAACAGGGAAUUUCUGCUAGGAUUAAAUGUCAGGAAUUGUGAUAAACUGAGUUAAAAUAUAUUUGGCUAAGAUGUAUGUAAACUUCCGACUUCAACUGUAUGCCCUCCCAGGCCCACCCAUGGCUGCGCUACUGUCGCAUGACUGGUCUUCCAUAGAUUAGGGCCUAAUUAAUAUAUUUCAAUUGACUGAUUUUCCUUAUGAACUGUAACUCAGUCAAAUUGGUGAAAUUGUUGCAUGUUGCAUUUAUAUUUUUGUUCAGUAUAAAUAGGAUUUGAGGCAAUUCAAACUGCCCAAUGUGAACACGGCUUUUGUUAGAUCCUUCUUCUGUUUGAGCGAAAAUGUUGCUGUGGAACGUAACAGGGCGUACCGAGUCGAUGUGCAGGGGGACGAGGUGAUCGAGGUAGAUGUGGACAUAAGAGUUUGUAUCUGUGUGCAUCUGUUCUUAAAUGUUCUGGUUUUGUUGUGAAUUUCUUAGGUUCUGUGACCUUUUAACCUUUCCCUUUGCCCUCUGACAUCUCUCCCCCCCCCCAGGUGUUUGCAUGGGGCUACAACAACUCUGGCCAGGUGGGGUCGGGGUCGACGGCCAACCAGCCCACGCCCCGCAGGGUCAGCAGCUGUCUACAGAACAAAGUGGUGGUUAAUAUCGCCUGUGGUCAGCUCUGUUCCAUGGCUGUGCUGGACAAUGGAGAAGUAAGGAUACUUUUAAGUAGCUACUUAAUACAACAAGUAUUGGGGCGGCAGGUAGCUUAGUGGUUAAGAGCGUUGUGCCAGUAACCGAAAGGUCUCUGGUUCAAAUCCUCGAGCCGACUAGGUGAAAAAUCUGUCUGUGCCCUUGAGCAAGGCACUUAACCCUAAUAGCUCCUGUAAGUAUUUAUGCAUAGUCACUUUAACUCUACCCACAUGUACAUAUUACCUCAACUAGCCGGUGCCCCCGCACAUUGACUAUGCAACGGUACCCCCCUGUAUAUAUAGCCUCCCUACUGUCACUUUAUUCUAUUGUAUAUAUAGCCUCCCUACUGUCACUUUAUUUUUUACUUCUGCUCUUUUUUUCUCAACACUUUUUUGUUGUUGUUUUAUUCUUACUUUUUUGUUUAAAAUAAAUGCACUGUUGGUUAAGGGCUGUAAGUAAGCAUUUCACUGUAAUGUCUGCACCUGUUGUAUUCGGCGCAUGUGACCAAUAAAAUUUGAUUUGAUUUGAUUUGAAGUCGCUCUGGAUAAGAGCGUCUGCUAAAUGACUAAAAAUUGUAAUGUAUUAUGCGGUCAUGUUAGAGUUAAGUCAAGGCCUAGUUUGUCUGAAUGUCACAAAGAGAGCGGAUGGAAAUGUUACGCAAUGUAAGAAAUCAAUGCAUUUAUCGGUAGUUCAUUAAGUCCUAGCAGAUGAGUCUGUUUUCAUAUUCAAGUAUUGAUUGGGCUGCAGGAAAUAUAAUGGCUGUCUAAAAUAGAUCAUUUGUGCUUUUGAGAGAGGAAGACUGCAGAUGCAUCCAAUGAAGUCAGUGAGUUAGGAUGUAAACAGUCUCACUUUUAAUGUUGUCAUGUUUGGGCGACCCUGUCCCCUGUUGCUGUCUGUUUGACUCAGUGGAACUAUAACCCUGUCCUGUUGCUAUCUGUUUGCAGACCUAUGGUUGGGACUAUAACCCUGUCCUGUUGCUAUCUGUUUGCAGACCUAUGGUUGGGACUAUAACCCUGUCCUGUUGCUAUCUGUUUGCAGACCUAUGGUUGGGACUAUAACCCUGUCCUGUUGCUAUCUGUUUGCAGACCUAUGGUUGGGACUAUAACCCUGUCCUGUUGCUAUCUGUUUGCAGACCUAUGGUUGGGACUAUAACCCUGUCCUGUUGCUAUCUGUUUGCAGACCUAUGGUUGGGACUAUAACCCUGUCCUGUUGCUAUCUGUUUGCAGACCUAUGGUUGGGACUAUAACCCUGUCCUGUUGCUAUCUGUUUGCAGACCUAUGGUUGGGACUAUAACCCUGUCCUGUUGCUAUCUGUUUGCAGACCUAUGGUUGGGACUAUAACCCUGUCCUGUUGCUAUCUGUUUGACUCAGUGGGACUAUAACCCUGUCCCCUGUUGCUAUCUGUUUGACUCAGUGGGACUAUAACCCUGUCCCCUGUUGCUAUCUGUUUGACUCAGUGGGACUAUAACCCUGUCCUGUUGCUGUCUGUUUGACUCAGUGGGACUAUAACCCUGUCCCCUGUUGCUAUCUGUUUGCAGACCUAUGGUUGGGGCUAUAACUGCAACGGACAGCUUGGUCUGGGCAACAAUGGGAACCAGCAGACCCCCUGUAGGAUCGCAGCUUUACAGGGAGUCAACAUUAUACAGGUGAGGAGUCAACAUUAUACAGGUAGGGAGUCAACAUUAUACAGGUGAGGAGUCAACAUUAUACAGGUGAGGAGUCAACAUUAUACAGGUGAGGAGUCAACAUUUAUACAGGUGAGGAGUCGACAUUUAUACAGGUGAGGAGUCAACAUUUAUACAGGUGAGGAGUCAACAUUUAUACAGGUGAGGAGUCAACAUUAUACAGGUGAGGAGUCAACAUUAUACAGGUGAGGAGUCAACAUUAUACAGGUGAGGAGUCAACAUUAUACAGGUGAGGAGUCAACAUCAUACAGGUGAAGAGUCAACCCAUUCUCUCUCUGUUAGCUCUGUGUGGGGACUCAUGGCCAGUGUGUCAGAGCCCUGAAUGAAAAACUGUAUUACCCUCAAUGGAAUUUGACCAUUUGUAUAUCACAAGAAAGACGAGGGUAACAUCCUGUUGUUGGUUGUGCUGUGCAGGUAGGAAGAUGCAGGGUAAUGACAUAGGAAGAAGGUCUGAAUAUGAAUGUCCUGGUUCUUGUCUGUGCCGUGCAGGUUGCUUGUGGCUACGCCCAUACGCUGGCGCUGACAGACGAGGGCUUUAUCUACGCCUGGGGUGCCAACUCUUACGGGCAGCUGGGGACAGGCAACAAGAGUAACCAGGCUGUCCCCACACUCAUCAACACAGACAAGGAGAGGUGAGUUCCUCUGUCCCAGUCAGGACGGCCUCCAGGGCCCCAGGGUAGGACGGCCUCCAGGGCCCCAGGGUAGUACGGCCUCCAGGGCCCCAGGGUAGGACGGCCUCCAGGGCCCCAGGGUAGGACGGCCUCCAGGGCCCCAGGGUAGGAGGGCCCCAGGGUAGGACGGCCUCCAGGGCCCCAGGGUAGGACGUUCUCCAGGGCCCCAGGGUAGGACGGCCUCCAGGGCCCCAGGGUAGGACGGCCUCCAGGGCCCCAGGGUAGGACGGCCUCCAGGGCCCCAGGGUAGAACAGCCACCAGGGCCCCAGGGUAGGCCCCAGGGCCCCAGGGUAGGACGGCCUCCAGGGCCCCAGGGUAGGACGGCCUCCAGGGCCCCAGGGUAGGACGGCCUCCAGGGCCCCAGGGUAGGACGGCCUCCAGGGCCCCAGGGUAGGACGGCCUCCAGGGCCCCAGGGUAGGACGGCCUCCAGGGCCCCAGGGUAGGACGGCCUCCAGGUAGGCUUGGGCGGUAUCUAGAUUUCCAUACCUUCAUAUUUUUCUGAUGUCACACGCCGCUAUACAGUAUUAUCCUGGUUUGUUAAUGGAACUUCCCUUUCUCCACUAGCGCUGCCAUAGACAUUAGCCGACGCAUUGACACCCAUAACACUUUAGUGAAGUUGUUCUUGUGCACGCUGCAAAGAGAUCUGUUAAACCCAGGUCCUGACCCUGUGCUCUGUGAUCAGUAACCAUCUCAUGGCACCUAUCACAAGUAUAGAGGUGUUAACCCCGAUGCCGACUACCAACCUGGUGAAAUAAGGGUUAAAUGAAUGAAUAGCCCCCGACUACCAACCUGGUGAAAUAAGGGUUAAAUGAAUGAAUAGCCCCCGACUACCAACCUGGUGAAAUAAGGGUUAAAUGAAUACCAGGCGGUAACCAGAGGUCACAUCUCUUUGGGCCAUCCAGUGGGUCACUCACAGGACCCCAUGGAUGUUGGGUCAUCUAUGGGCUAACUACCUCACAGGACCCCAUGGAUGUUGGGUCAUCUAUGGGCUAACUACCUCACAGGACCCCAUGGAUGUUGGGUCAUCUAUGGGCUAACUACCUCACAGGACCCCAUGGAUGUUGGGUCAUCUAUGGGCUAACUACCUCACAGGACCCCAUGGAUGUUGGGUCAUCUAUGGGCUAACUACCUCACAGGACCCCAUGGAUGUUGGGUCAUCUAUGGGCUAACUACCUCACAGGACCCCAUGGAUGUUGGGUCAUCUAUGGGCUAACUACCUCACAGGACCCCAUGGAUGUUGGGUCAUCUAUGGGCUAACUACCUCACAGGACCCCAUGGAUGUUGGGUCAUCUAUGGGCUAACUACCUCACAGGACCCCAUGGAUGUUGGGUCAUCUAUGGGCUAACUACCUCACAGGACCCCAUGGAUGUUGGGUCAUCUAUGGGCUAACUACCUCACAGGACCCCAUGGAUGUUGGGUCAUCUAUGGGCUAACUACCUCACAGGCAGCUGUGUAGACUAAAGACUGGACCACCUGGCUUGGUGCCCAGGGGCGGGGCUAGGAGACUGUGGCUCGUCUGCAGGGUGUUUCCAUUACUAUUAGUAUUAUUAGUAUUAUUAUUGCAAUCAAUCGUAUACAUUUUUUGAUAAUUAUUGAUCGCUGGCGUCUUGCCCUGGUGCUGCUAGCCUGAGGGUUAUUUGGAUUGAAAUCUCACAUUGUCCUUGUCAAAUUAAAUGAACAAACUAAUGUGCAUGCAGGUGUAGCUAGUUGUAAAUCAGAACUGUCAUGACUGUUCUCUUGGUCUCAUCUUCCCCGUACUGAUACAUACCAUUCAUUUGCAAUAGCCCCGUUUAUACCUGGCGCCAACAUGGGUCCUUGGUCCUGAUCUUGUCUACAUUCUGAUUGUGACCACAUUUCCAGAUAGGCGUCUACACAUGGUACUGAAAUGUCCACUGAGUCUGCACUGUGACCAGAUUUCUUGGUCCCUUCCUUUUAUGCAAAUUAUUUUACAGCUACUCUUUCAAAAAUAUUCAGUAUCUUGGCAAAGAUCUUUCCAGUGGAAAAACCCUCGAAGGUAAAGGUUUGGGGUGAAAACCCCCUGGAAGGGUUUAGGUGAAGAUUGGGGUGAAACCCCCUGGAAGGGUUUAGGUGAAGAUUGGGUUGGGGUGGGGAAAAAAAUAACCUGGAAGAGUUUAGGUGAAGAUUGGGGUUGGGGUGAAAAAACCCUGGAAGGGUUUAGGUGAAGAUUGGGGUUGGGGUGAAAAAACCCUGGAAGGGUUUAGGUGAAGAUUGGGGUUGGGGUGAAAAAACCCUGGAAGGGUUUAGGUGAAGGUUGGGGUUGGGGUGAAAAAACCCUGGAAGGGUUUAGGUGAAGGUUGGGGUUGGGGUGAAAAAACCCUGGAAGGGUUUAGGUGAAGGUUGGGGUUGGGGUGAAAAAACCCUGGAAGGGUUUAGGUGAAGGUUGGGGUGAAAAAACCCUGGAAGGGUUUAGGUGAAGGUUGGGGUUGGGGUGAAAAAACCCUGGAAGGGUUUAGGUGAAGGUUGGGGUUGGGGUGAAAAAACCCUGGAAGGGUUUAGGUGAAGAUUGGGGUUGGGGUGAAAAACCCCUGGAAGGGUUUAGGUGAAGAUUGGGGUUGGGGUGAAAAACCCCUGGAAGGGUUUAGGUGAAGGUUGGGGUUGGGGUGAAACAUCCCUGGAAGGGUUUAGGUGAAAAUUGGGGUGGAAAACCCCUGGAAGGGUUUAGAUUGGGGUGAAAAACCCCUAGAAGGGUUUAGGUGAAGGUUGGGUUGAGGUGCUCAUUGGAAUAAAACAACUAGUUCUUUGUAUAUUUAUUUUCGCUAUCUAAUUUUUCUGAGCCUGUUUGCCUGUCUGCUAGCUUUGUUCCAUAAUGCUCAGCCAGCAUCAUUGGAUCUAUUGAAUUCUAAUGCUGCUCUUGUUCCAUAAUGCUCAGCCAGCCUCAUUGGAUCUAUUGAAUUCUAAUGCUGCUCUUGUUCCAUAAUGCUCAGCCAGCCUCAUUGGAUCUAUUGAAUUCUAAUGCUGCUCUUGUUCCAUAAUGCUCAGCCAGCCUCAUUGGAUCUAUUGAAUUCUAAUGCUGCUCUUGUUCCAUAAUGCUCAGCCAGCAUCAUUGGAUCUAUUGAAUUCUAAUGCUGCUCUUGUUCCAUAAUGCUCAGCCAGCCUCAUUGGAUCUAUUGAAUUCUAAUGCUGCUCUUGUUCCAUAAUGCUCAGCCAGCCUCAUUGGAUCUAUUGAAUUCUAAUGCUGCUCUUGUUCCAUAAUGCUCAGCCAGCCUCAUUGGAUCUAUUGAAUUCUAAUGCUGCUCUUGUUCCAUAAUGCUCAGCCAGCCUCAUUGGAUCUAUUGAAUUCUAAUGCUGCUCUUGUUCCAUAAUGCUCAGCCAGCCUCAUUGGAUCUAUUGAAUUCUAAUGCUGCUCUUGUUCCAUAAUGCUCAGCCAGCCUCAUUGGAUCUAUUGAAUUCUAAUGCUGCUCUUGUUCCAUAAUGCUCAGCCAGCCUCAUUGGAUCUAUUGAAUUCUAAUGCUGCUCUUGUUCCAUAAUGCUCAGCCAGCCUCUUGCGCUGAAGACUCGUUGUUGUGUUCCAGUCUGUCUUUACCACAGUCUGGUUGAGCAGCUUGGAGAAGUGUCUGAAAGACUCUGUCUGUCUGUCUGUCUGUCUGUCUGUCUGUCUGUCUAUAGGAUGGUGGAGGUGGCAGCGUGCCACACCAGCCAUACGUCUGCAGCUAAGACUCAGAGCGGUCAGGUGCUAAUGUGGGGUCAGUGUCGGGGUCAAGCUGUGGCCUGCCCUCAUCUCACACACUUCGCCAGCACUGAUGAUGUCUUUGCAUGCUUCGCCACGCCCGCUGUCACGUGGCACCUCCUCACCGUGGGUAAGACUGACGCACCUCCUCACCGUGGGUAAGACUGACGCACCUCCUCACCGUGGGUAAGACUGACGCACCUCCUCACCGUGGGUAAGACUGACGCACCUCCUCACCGUGGGUAAGACUGACGCACCUCCUCACCGUGGGUAAGACUGACUCACCUCCUCACCGUGGGUAAGACUGACGCACCUCCUCACCGUGGGUAAGACUGACGCACCACCUCACCGUGGGUAAGACUGACACACCACCUCACCGUGGGUAAGACUGACACACCACCUCACCGUGGGUAAGACUGACACACCACCUCACCGUGGGUAAGACUGACACACCUCCUCACCGUGGGUAAGACUGACGCACCUCCUCACCCUGGGUAAGACUGACGCACCACCUCACCGUGGGUAAGACUGACGCACCACCUCACCGUGGGUAAGACUGACACACCACCUCACCGUGGGUAAGACUGACACACCACCUCACCGUGGGUAAGACUGACACACCACCUCACCGUGGGUAAGACUGACACACCUCCUCACCGUGGGUAAGACUGACGCACCUCCUCACCGUGGGUAAGACUGACGCACCUCCUCACCGUGGGUAAGACUGACGCACCUCCUCACCGUGGGUAAGACUGACACACCACCUCACUGUGGGUAAGACUGACACACCACCUCACCGUGGGUAAGACUGACACCUCCUCACCGUGGGUAAGACUGACACACCACCUCACCGUGGGUAAGACUGACACACCACCUCACCGUGGGUAAGAUUGACACACCACCUCACCGUGGGUAAGACUGACGCACCUCCUCACCGUGGGUAAGACUGACACACCUCCUCACCGUGGGUAAGACUGACACACCACCUCACCGUGGGUAAGACUGACACACCACCUCACCGUGGGUAAGACUGACACACCACCUCACCGUGGGUAAGACUGACACACCACCUCACCGUGGGUAAGACUGACGCACCUCCUCACCGUGGGUAAGACUGACACACCACCUCACCGUGGGUAAGACUGACGCACCUCCUCACCGUGGGUAAGACUGACACACCACCUCACCGUGGGUAAGACUGACGCACCACCUCACCGUGGGUAAGACUGACACACAACCUCACCGUGGGUAAGACUGACACACCACCUCACCGUGGGUAAGACUGACACACAACCUCACCGUGGGUAAGACUGACACACCACCUCACCGUGGGUAAGACUGACACACCACCUCACCGUGGGUAAGACUGACACACCACCUCACCGUGGGUAAGACUGACACACCACCUCACCGUGGGUAAGACUGACACACCACCUCACCGUGGGUAAGACUGACACCUCCUCACCGUGGGUAAGACUGACGCACCACCUCACCGUGGGUAAGACUGACACACCACCUCACCGUGGGUAAGACUGACGCACCACCUCACCGUGGGUAAGACUGACACACCACCUCACCGUGGGUAAGACUGACGCACCUCCUCACCGUGGGUAAGACUGACACACCACCUCACCGUGGGUAAGACUGACGCACCUCCUCACCGUGGGUAAGACUGACACACCACCUCACCGUGGGUAAGACUGACACACCACCUCACCGUGGGUAAGACUGACACACCACCUCACCGUGGGUAAGACUGACACACCACCUCACCGUGGGUAAGACUGACGCACCUCCUCACCGUGGGUAAGACUGACACACCACCUCACCGUGGGUAAGACUGACGCACCUCCUCACCGUGGGUAAGACUGACAGUAUACAGGAUGUGAUGAUGGGUACACACCUGGAAUCAGAUACUAUUUGAAAUAUUUCCAAUACGUUGAGCGUUUGCUCUGGCCUGUUUAGAGGGUUGACUGACUGAUAUGUGUUAUUCAGAUGGAGAUGAUUAUCUGACAGUGGCCCAGUCACUGAAGAGGGAGUUUGACAGCCCGGACAUCUCCGAUCUCAAGUUCCUGGUGGAUGGGAAGUGUAUCCACGUACACAAAGCCCUCCUGAAGAUCAGGUACCUAAGGCUGUGUUUACACAGGCAGGCCAAUCAGAUCUUUUCCACCAAUUGGUAUUUUGACCAAUCAGAUCAGCUCUUUUGACAAUAGUUGGGAAAAAUAUCCGAAUUUGGGCUGCCUGUGUAGAUGGCGCCAAACAGACCCAUGUUGUCUCCUAUAUGGGCCCUGGUCAAAGGGCCCAUAUCACUCUCUGAACCACCGUAAUACAAUGGUAAUGUUCAUUUAGCCAACACUUUUAUCCAAACAACUGUAGACAGUGACAUGUUUAUUCAGUAUAUGUGGCCAAUGCCAGCUGUGGCGCUGUAUGUUUAGUAUUCCUACUAAACAUACUUUAAAUAAAGUUUUGUUAUGCGCAUUCGCUUUUCCUCUGUAAAUACAUCAUUUAUCCGGGUACAACACCGUUUUAAAGGUUAUUUAGCUCUUCGUACCACUGUGGCAGCCAAACCUGCCUGCACGCGAAAUACAGUUUACCAUCUUCGAGACAGCAGGCUAGUCACUGGAGAGACCCAGAGAGACAGCACGUUUAGUCACUGGAGAGACCCAGAGAGACAGCACGCUUAGUCACUGGAGAGACCCAGAGAGACAGCACGCUUAGUCACUGGAGAGACCCAGAGAGACAGCACGCUUAGUCACUGGAGAGACCCAGAGAGACAGCACGCUAGUCACUGGAGAGACCCAGAGAGACAGCAGGCUAGUCACUGGAGAGACCCAGAGAGACAGCAGGCUAGUCACUGGAGAGACCCAGAGAGACAGCACGCUAGUCACUGGAGAGACCCAGAGAGACAGCAGGCUAGUCACUGGAGAGACCCAGAGAGACAGCACGCUAGUCACUGGAGAGACCCAGAGAGACAGCACGCUUAGUCACUGGAGAGACCCAGAGAGACAGCACGCUAGUCACUGGAGAGACCCAGAGAGACAGCACGCUUAGUCACUGGAGAGACCCAGAGAGACAGCAGGCUAGUCACUGGAGAGACCCAGAGAGACAGCACGCUUAGUCACUGGAGAGACCCAGAGAGACAGCACGCUAGUCACUGGAGAGACCCAGAGAGACAGCAGGCUAGUCACUGGAGAGACCCAGAGAGACAGCACGCUUAGUCACUGGAGAGACCCAGAGAGACAGCACGCUAGUCACUGGAGAGACCCAGAGAGACAGCACGCUAGUCACUGGAGAGACCCAGAGAGACAGCACGCUAGUCACUGGAGAGACCCAGAGAGACAGCACGCUAGUCACUGGAGAGACCCAGAGAGACAGCAGGCUAGUCACUGGAGAGACCCAGAGAGACAGCACGCUAGUCACUGGAGAGACCCAGAGAGACAGCACGCUUAGUCACUGGAGAGACCCAGAGAGACAGCACGCUUAGUCACUGGAGAGACCCAGAGAGACAGCACGCUUAGUCACUGAAGAGACCCAGAGAGACAGCAGGCUAGUCACUGGAGAGACCCAGAGAGACAGCACGCUUAGUCACUGGAGAGACCCAGAGAGACAGCAUGCUUAGUCACUGGAGAGACCCAGAGAGACAGCACGCUAGUCACUGGAGAGACCCAGAGAGACAGCUGCCAGUCACAGGUAGGGAAUACAUAUUAGGAACUUCAUCAUUCCUCCUCCUCAGACCUCACCCCUCCCCUAGCCAAGUCUCUCACCCCUCCCUCCCCCCCCUAGUCAAGUCUCUCACCCCUCCCCUAGUCAAGUCUCUCACCCCUCCCCUAGUCAAGUCUCUCACCCCUGCACUAGUCAAGUCUCUCACCCCCUCCCCUAGUCAAGUCUCUCAACCCUCCCCUAGUCAAGUCUCUCACCCCUGCACUAGUCAAGUCUCUCACCCCUCCCCUAGUCAAGUCUCUCACCCCUGCACUAGUCAAGUCUCUCACCCCUCCCCUAGUCGUGUCUCACCCCUCCCCUAGUCAAGCCUCUCACCCCUGCACUAGUCAAGUCUCUCACCCCUCCCCUAGUCAAGUCUCUCACCCCUGCACUAGUCAAGUCUCUCACCCCUGCACUAGUCAAGUCUCUCACCCCUCCCCUAGUCGUGUCUCACCCCUCCCCUAGUCAAGUCUCUCACCCCUGCACUAGUCAAGUCUCUCACCCCUCCCCUAGUCAAGUCUCUCACCCCUGCCUAGUCAAGUCUCUCACCCCUCCCCUAGUCAGUCUCUCAACCCUCCCCUAGAAAUUUCCUCCCCCCCUCACUAGCCCAAGUUCUUUUCAACCCUCCCCCAAGCCCCAAGCCUCUCCCCCCUCACUAGUAAAGGGCCCUCUCACCCCUGCACUGGGUCUUCCCCCUCCCCUGCCCAAGCCCUCUAAAACCCUCCCCUAGUCAAGUCCCCUCCCCCCUGCACUAUCAAGUCUUUUCCAACCCCCCCCAAAAUUUCGUGCCCUCACCCCCCCCCCCUAUAAAGGUCCCCCUCACCCCUGCCUAGUCAAUCCCCUCCCCCCCUGCACUAGUCAAGUCUCCCCCCUCCCCCUAGUCAAGUCUCCCCCCUUCCCCUAGUAAAGCCCUCACCCCUCCUAGUCAAGUCUCCCCCCUCCCCUAUUAAAGCCCUUUUAAAAACCCCCCCCCUAGUCAAGUCUCUCCCCCCCCUGCCCUAGUCCAAUCUCUAAACCCCCCCCAGCCCGUGUCUCCCCCCUCCCCUAUCAAGCUCUCCCCCCCCCCUACCCAAGUCUCCCCACCCUCACUAGUAAAUUUCUAAACACCCCCCCCCUAGUAAAAACCUCUAAAACCCCUCCCCUAGUCAAGCCUCUCCCCCCCUCCCCUAGUUGGGGGUUUUCCCCUCACCCCCCCCCUAGCCAAGUUCUCCCCCCCCUGCACUAGUCGGGGUCCCCCUCACCCCUGCACUAGUAAGUCUUCACCCCUGCACUAGUCAAGUCUCUCACCCCUGCACUAUCAUUCCCCCCACCCCCCCCCUAUCAAGUCUCUCACCCCUGCACUAGUCAAGCCCUCUAAAAACCCUCCCCUAGUCAAAUCUCCAAAAACCCUGCACUAUAAAGUCUCUCACCCCUGCACUAGUAAAUUCUAAAAACCCCUCCCCUAGUCAAGUCCUAAACCCCUGCACAGUCAAUUCUCUCACCCCUGCCUAGUCAAGUCUCUAAACCCCCCCCCUAUAAAAGUCCCCAACCCUCCCCUAGCCCAACCCUCUCCCCCGGCACUAUUCAACCCUCACCCCCCCCCUAGUCAAUUCUCUCCCCCCUUUCACUGCCCGGGCCUCUCCCCCCGGGAAACUGGGGCCCAAGUCUCUCACCCCCCUCCCCUAGAAAAAUCUCUCCCCCCCCCCCAAAGUCAAGUCCUCACCCCCUGAAAUAGUCAAGUCUCUCACCCCCCCCCCUAUCAACUCUCACCCCUGCACAAGGCCAAGUCCCCUUAAAAAAACCCCCCCUGGGGUAAAGGGCUCUCCCCCCCCCUCCCCUGGGGUAAAGGUCCUAAAAACCCUGCACUGGGCAGUCUCUCCCCCCUGCACUAGUAAAAUCCUAAAACCCCUGCCUAUUCAAAAGUCUCAUCCCCCCCCCUAGUAAAGUCUCUCCCCCCUUAAAUAGUCAAGUCUCAACCCUCCCCUGCCCAGUCUAAACCCCUCCCCUAGUCAAGCCCCACCCCUCCCUAGUAAAGGGGUCUCUCCCCCCGCACUAUCCAGUCCCCCCCCCUGCCUGUAAAGUCUCUCAAACCCUGCACUAGUCAAGUCCCCACCCCCCCCCCGGGGCCAAGUCUAAACCCCCCCCCCCUGGGAAAAGUCUCCCCCCUCCCUAUAAAGCCCUCUCCCCCUGCACUGUAAAAGCCCCCUCACCCCCCCCCCUAUCAACCCCUUUUAAAACCCUGCCCGUAAAGGGCCCCUCUCCCCCUCCCCCUAGCCCAAGUCUCUCACCCCUGCACAAUAAAAGUCUCCCCCCCCCUUGCCCUGGGUCAAGCCCUCCCCCCCCUGCACGGGCAAGUCCCCUUCACCCCGCACUAGCCCAAGUCCCCUCCCCCCUGCACUAGUCAAUUUUCCACCCCCCGGCACUACCCAAGUCUCCCCCCACCCCCCCCUACCCAAUUCUCAAACCCUCCCCUAAAAAAGUCCCCCACCCCCCCCCCUAGUCAAGUCUCACCCCCCCCCUAGUAAAAGUCUCUCCCCCCCUGAAACUAUUAAAGUCUCACCCUGCACUAUAAAUUUCUCUCAACCCUGCACAAAGUAAAGGGUCUUUUCCCCCCCCUGCACUAUUUCAAUCUUUUCCCCCCCUCCCCUGGGUCAAGUCCCCUCCCCCCCUCACUAUAAAGGGCCUCUCACCCCCCCCAAAGUAAAGGCUCUCACCCCCCCCCCAGUCAAGUCUCCCCCCCUGCACUGGGUAAAGUCCUAAAAACCCUGCACUUUAAAGGGCCUCCACCCCCCCCCCCUAGUAAAGCCUCUCACCCCCCCCCCCUAUUCAAGUCUCUAAAACCCCCCCCUAGUAAAGGUCUCUCACCCCUGCACUGUCAAUUCUCUCCCCCCCCUGAAACUGUAAAUUUCCUCUCACCCCCCCGGGCAAGCCAAGCCCUCUCACCCCUGCCUAGCCCAAGUCCCCCCCCUCCCCUAGCCCAAUUUCUCACCCCCCCCCCCUAGUAAAGCCCCUCUCACCCCCCCCCUAGUCAAUCUCAUAAAAUUCACCCCUCCCCUAGUAAAGUCUCCCCCCUCCCCUAGUCAAGCCCUCACCCCCCCUCCCUAGUCAAGUCUCCCCCCUCCCCAAAAUUCAAGUCCUCUCCCCCCUCCCCUAGUCAAGUCCACCCCCCCCCCCUAGCCCCAAUUUUCACCCCUCCCCUAGUAAAUUUCCCCCUCCCCCGCCCUUUAAAAUUUCCUCACCCCUCCCCUAGUCAAGCCCCUCCCCCCCUGCACUAGCCCAAAAGCCUCUCACCCCUCCCCUAGUCAAUUCUCUCCCCCCUCCCCUAUAAAGGGUCUCCCCAACCCCUGCCCUAUUUCAAGUCUCCCCAACCCGGGAAACUAGUAAACCCUCACCCCUCCCCUGGGUAAACCCCUUUUAAACCCCUCCCCUAGUCAAGUUUUCUCCCCCCCCUCCCCUAUCAAGCCCCCUCCCCCCUUUGCCUACCCAGCCCCUCUCCCCCCUGAAACUAUAAAUCCCUCCCCCUGCACUAGUAAAGGGCUCACCCCUCCCCUAGUAAAGUCUCACCCCUCCCAGUAAAGUCUCACCCCCCCCUAGUAAAGGGUCUCUCACCCCCCCCUAGCCCAAUUUCUCCCCCCCUCCCCAGUCGCCCUCCCCCCUCCCCUGGGUAAAAGUCUCACCCCCUCCCCUGUCAAGUCUCACCCCCCCCCUAGCCCAAGUCCACCCCCCCCCUAUCAAGUCUCUAAACCCCUGCCCCUAGUCAAGUCUCUUCCAAACCCCUCCCCUAGCCCAAUUCCUAAACCCGGGAAACAAAUAAAAGUCUCUCACCCCCCCCCUAGUCGUCUCACCCCCCCCCUAGUCAAGUCUCUCACCCCGGGGGAAACAUCAACUUUUCCCCCCCGGGCCAGCCCAAUCUCCCCCCCCUCCCCUACCCGGGCUAACCCCCCUGGGUAAAGCCCUCUUCCCCCCUGCCCCUAUCAAGUCUCACCCCUCCCCUAGUCAAGUCUCUCACCCCUGCACUAGUCAAGCCUCUCACCCCUGCACUAGUAAAGUCCCCUCCCCCCUCCCCACUAGUCAACCCUCACCCCCCCCCUAGCCCAAAGUCCCCCUCCCCCCCUGCACAAAAGCCCAAGUCUCUCAACCCCCCCUAGUAAGUCUCUCACCCCCCUGCACUAGUAAAAGGUCUUAAAAAACCCUCCCUAGUAAAGGGCUCUCACCCCUGCCCUAGCAAGUCCCCUUCCCCCCUGCACUAGUAAAGGGUCUCUCACCCCUGCACUAGUAAACCCGAAUCUUCCCCCCUCCCCAUCAAGUCCUCCCCCUCCCCUAUAAAGGCUUCACCCCCCCCCCCCUUAGCCCAACUCCCCCCUCCCCAAAACCCCCAAUCUCCUCACCCCCCCCCCUAGUCAAGUCCACCCCCCCCCCUACAACUCCCCCCUCCCAGCAAGUCUCACCCCCCUCCCCUAGCCCGUCUCUCACCCCCCCCUUAAAAAAUUUCUCCCCCUCCCCUAGUCAAGCCCUAAACCCCCCCCCAAUAAAGGCCCUCACCCUGCACUAGUCAAGUCUCUCCCCCCUCCCCUAUUUAAAGUCUCUCACCCCUCCCAACCCGGGCCUCUCCCCCCCCCCCUAGUAAAGGGUCCCUUCCCCCCUCCCCUAGAAAAAGGUCCCCCACCCCGGAAAACAAGCAAGUCUCUCAACCCGGGCACAUCAAGCCUCUCACCCCCCUCCCCUAAAAAAACCUCUCCCCCCUUUCCCCUGCCCCAAGUCCCCUCACCCCCCCCUAUAAAGUCCCCUCACCCCCCGGAAACUAGUAAAGGCCCUAAACCCCCCCCAAAGUAAAGUCCCCCCCCCUCCCCUAGUCAGUCCCCCACCCCCCCUGGGUCAAGCCCUCACCCCCCCCCAGUAAAGCCCCUCACCCCCCCCCUACCCAAGUCCUCCCCCCCCUCCUAUUCAAUCUCCCCCCCUCCCCUAGAAAGUCUCUCACCCCCUGCACUAGUAAAACCUCUCAACCCCCCCCCCGGGGGGCUGGGGGGGGGGAAGGGGGUUUCACCCCCCCCUAGUCAAGUCCCUCUCCCCCUUCCCUCCUUCCCCAAGUUUUCUAAAACCCUGCCUACCCAAGCCCUCACCCCUCCCCUAGUCAAGCCUCUCCCCCCCACCCCCCCCCUAGUAAAAUUCUCUCACCCCCCCCCUAGUAAACCCUCUCCCCCUGCCCUAGUAAAUUCUAAACCCUCACCCCUCCCCUAGUAAAAGCCCUCACCCCCCCCCUUUAGUCAGUCUCCCCCUCCCCAAACCCAAGUCCCUCACCCCCCCUCCCCUUAUCAAGCCCUCCCCCCCUCCCCUAUUCUUUUUCCUCUCCCCCCCCUCCCUAGCCCCAAGUCUAAAACCCCUCCCCUAGUCAAGUCUAAACCCCUUUCCCUAUAAAAAGCUCCCCCCCCCUAGUAAAAGCCCUCACCCCUCCCCUAGUAAAGGGUCUCUCACCCCUGCCCCAAAGCCCGGGUCUCUAAACCCCCCCUACCCAAGUCCUCCCCAACCCGGGCACUAGUCAAGCCCCUUCUCAACCCUGCCCUAUCAAGUCCUCACCCCCUGCACUAUAAAAACCCUCUCACCCCCUGCACUAGUCAAGCCUCUCACCCCCCUCCCCUAGAAAGCCCUCUCAAACCCCCCCCUAGUCGUGCCCUUAAACCCCCCUCACUAGUCAAACCCCCUCCCCCCGAAACUAGUCGGGCCCUCCCCAACCCUGCACUAGUCAAGCCUCUCACCCCCUCCCCUACCCAAAGUCCCUCUCAACCCGCAUUUUUUUCAAGCCUUUUUCCCCCCCUCCCUAGUAAAAUUUCCCCCCCCACCCCCCCCCUAGUAAAGGGUCUCUCAACCCUCCCCCUUAAAGUCCUAAAACCCUCCCCUAGCCCGGGGUUUCUCACCCCUCCCCUGUCAAUCCUCUCCCCCCUUUCACUGUAAAAACCCUUUCUCACCCCCUCCUAGCCCAAGUCUCUAACCCCUCCCCUAGUAAAGUCUCACCCCCCCCCCUAUCAAUUCUAUAAACCCCCCCUAGUCGUGUCUCCCCCUCCCCUAGUAAAAGCCUCUCACCCCCUCCCCUGGGGUCAAGCUUUUCCAAAACCCUGCACUUUUCCAAUUCCCCUCACCCCCUCCCCUAGCCCCAAGUUCCCCAAACCCCUCCCCAUUAAAUCUCUCACCCCUGAAACUAGAAACUUUCUCUCACCCCGGGCACUAGUAAAAGUCCACCCCCCUCCCCUAGUCAAGUUCCCCCAAACCCCCUGCACUAGUAAAGUCUCCCCACCCCUCCCCUGUCUUGUCCCCCCCCUCCCCUUUUCAAUUUCUCUCCCCCCUGCACUAGUCAAGUCUCACCCCCUCCCCUAGCCCCAAGUCUAAACCCCCCCCUAAAAGUCCUCACCCCCCCCCCCUAGUCUUGCCCCUCCCCCUCCCCUAGUAAAGGGUCUCACCCCCCCCCUAGUCAAGUCUCACCCCUCCCCUAGCCCCAAGUCUCUAACCCGGGGCACUAGUAAAGGUUCUCACCCCUCCCCUAGUAAAAGUCUCUAAAAACCCUGCACUAUAAAGGGCCCUUUUCUCCCCCCUGCAAAAAUAAAAGGCUCUCCCCCUCCCCUAAGUCAAGUCCUCACCCCUCCCCUAGUCAACCCUCACCCCCCCCUCCCCCUUCGCCCUUCCCCCCCCUCCCCUAGUAAAUUUCUCUCACCCCCCCUUCACAAAGCCCAAUUCUUAAACCCCUUUAAACUAGCCCCAAACCUUUUCACCCCCCCCCUAGUCAAGCCUCCCCCACCCCUCCCCUAUUAAAGGGUCUCUCACCCCUCCCCUAUUUCAAGUCUCCCCCCCCCUGCACUUUCAGUUUUCCACCCACCCCUGCACAGUAAAGGGUCUUCACCCCGGGGCACUAGUCAAGUCUCUCACCCCUGCACUAGUCAAGUCUCACCCCCCCCUAUUUCCCCAAAGUCCUCCCCCCCCUCCCCUAUUCAAGUCCCCUCACCCCCCCCCAGUAAAGUCUCACCCCCCCUAUCAAGUCUCUCACCCCCCCCCCUGUAAAGUCUCACCCCCCUCCCCUAGCAAGUCUCCCCCUCCCUAUCAAGUCUCACCCCCCCCUAGUCAACCCUCUCCCCCUCCCCUAGCCCCAAGUCUCCCCCUCCCCUAGUAAGUCUCACCCCUCCCCUAGUCACCCUCUCACCCCUGCCAAAAGCCCAAGCCCUCUCCCCCCUCCCCCAAAGUCAAGUCUCCCCCAACCCCUGCCUAGUCAAAGGCCUCCCACCCCUCCCCUAGUAAGUCCUCACCCCCUUCCCCAUCAAGUCCUCACCCCUGCACUAGUAAAGUCUCUAAACCCGGGCAGUAUUAAAGCCUCUAAACCCCUCCCCUAUUCAAGCCCCCUCACCCCCCUCCCCUGGGCCCGGGCCCUUCCCCCUCACCCCUCCCAAUUCAAGCCCUCUCACCCCUGCACUAGCCCAACCCUCUCCCCCUCACUUCAAGUCUCUCCCCCUCCCAACUAGUAAAAAGUCUAAACCCCCCCCUGGUCAAGUCUCCCCCAACCCCUCCCCUAUCAAUCUCCACACCCCCCCCUAUAAAGUCUCCACCCCCCCCCCUUUAUUCAAAGCCCCCCCCCCUCCCCGGGGGCCGUUUUUCUCCCCCCCUCCCCUAGCCCAAAUUUUUUCACCCCCCCCCCUAGUCAAGUCCCUCAAACCCCCCCCCUGGGUAAAAUCUCACCCCCCCCAAAAGCCCAAGGGGUCUCACCCCCCCCCUUAGCAAAGUCCCCCUUCCAUUUUCCUAAAACCCUCCCCUGCACUCUCAGUUCCCUCUCAAAACCCUCCCCUAGUCAAGUCUCUAAAAACCCCCCACCGCCCCAACCCUCCCCCCCCGGCACUAGUCAAGGGGCCCCUCCCCCAAACCCCAAAACCCCCCUCCCCUUAAGUCAAUUCUCCUCCCCACCCCCUGCACUAGCCCAAGUCCCCUCACCCCUGAAAACUAGUCGGGCCCCUCCUCACCCCUCCCCCCUUCCCCCAAAGCAAUCAAAAACCCUCCCCUGGGUAAAAGUCCCCUCACACCCCGGGCAUAGUCAAGUCUCACCCCCCCCCCUAAGGCCCAAAAUCCCCCUCACCCCUGCACAGUAAAAAAACCUCUCCCCCCCCGGGGACCAAAAAUUAAAAUUCUCCCCCCUGAAAGUAAAAAGUCCUCACCCCUCCCCUUAAAGCCCAAAGGGGCCCCCUCACCCCCCCCCCAUAAGCCCCGGAAGUCCUCCCCACCCCCCCCCUUUAUAAAAGUCCCCUCAACCCUCCCCCCUUAAGUAAAAGCCCUCUCACCCCUCCCCCUUAGUCAAGUCCCCUCCCCCCCUGCACUAGUCAAGUCCCCUCCCCUUUCCCUUAGUCAAAGUUUUUCCCCCUCCUUCUCUCCCCUCUCCUCACUCCCCCCCUCCUUUCUCUCUCACCCCCCCCUAGCAAGUCUCCCCAACCCCUGAAACUAGUAAAGUCCUCUAAACCCCUCCCCGAAGCCCCAAGUCUCUAAAACCCCUUUGGCCUAGUAAAAGUCUCUCACCCCUGCAUUUAAAAAAAGUCUCUCACCCCUCCCCUAGUAAAUUUCCUCUCACCCCCCCCUAUCAAUCUCCCCCCCCUGCCUAUUCUUUUUCUCUCACCCCCUCACUAGCCCCAAGCCCCCUCACCCCCCCCCUAGUCAACCCCUUUUCCCCCCCUCCCCAAAGGUCAAGCCCUCUCACCCCCCCCCCCUAUAAAGGGCCUAAAACCCCCCCUGAAACUAGCCCAAAAUCUUCACCCCUGCCCCAGUAAAUCUCACCCCUCCCCCCCUAGUAAAGCCCUCCCCCCUCCCCUAUUCAAGUCUCCCCACCCCUCCCCAGUAAAGUCUCACCCCCCCCCUAUAAAAUUCCUCUCACCCCUUUCCCCCCGCCCCCCUGUCAGUCUCACCCCUCCCCUGGGUCCAAUUCUCACCCCCCCUAGUCCAAGCCCUCCCCCCCUCCCCUAUCAAGUCUCUCACCCCCCCCCCCCUGCCCAAAUUCUCACCCCCCCCCCCCCUAGUCAAGUUCUCACCCCUCCCCUAGUAAAGGGUCCCCUCACCCCUUCACUGGGGCCCAAGGUCUCCCCCCCUUUCCCCCUAGUCAAGUCUCCCCCCCCCCUGCCUAGUAAAGGGCCCCCCUCCCCCCUCCCCUAGUCAAGUCUUCUACCCCUUCCCCAGCCCAAGUCUCUCACCCCCUGUAAAUCUUCAAUUUUCCCCAACCCCCUGCCAGUAAAGCCUCUCCCCCCCCCCCUUUCCCCUUAAACCCCUCUAAACCCCCUCCCCUGAAGUCUUUUCCCCUCACCCCCCUUCCCCUACCCAAGUCUCCACCCCCCCCGAGUCAAGUUUUCUAAACCCCUGCACUUUUCCCAACCCCCCUCCACCCCUGCACUAGUCAAUUCCCCACCCCCCCCUCCCCUAUUUCCAUUCUCACCCCCCCAUCCCCCAAACCCUCCCCUCCCCUACCAAUCUCACCCCCCCCCUACCCAAGUCCCCACCCACCCCCCCCUUUAAGCCCAAGUCCCCCCCAUCAACCCCCCCUCCCCUAGAAAAAGGUCCCCCACCCCUCCCCUAGCCCAAGUCUAAAAUCCACCUCACCCCUCCCUAGUCAAAUUCUCACCCCUCCCUAGCAAGUCUCAUUACCCCCUCCCCUAGCCCAAGUCUCUCACCCCUGCACUAGCCCAGUCUCUCAAACCCCCCCCCUGGGAAAGUCCCCCAAACCCCCUGCACUAUUAAAGGGGUCCCAACCCCUGCACUAGAAAGUCUCACCCCCUCCCCUAGUCAAGCCCUCCCACCCCUGCCCCUAGUAAAGGUUUUCUCCCCCUUUCCCCCUAUCAAGUCUCUCCCCCCCCCUCCCCCUCCCCUUUAAAAACCCAACCCUCCCCUGUAAAGGUCUCUCACCCCUGCACAUUCAAAGUCCCCACCCCCUCCCCUACCCAAGUCUCUCCCCCCCCUUUCCCUAGCAACCCCUCUCCCCCCUUUUGCACUAGUAAAAGCCCUCCACCCCCCUGCACUAGCCCAAGUCUCCCCCCUCCCCAGUCAAGCCCCUCUCACCCCUGCACUGGGUCAAGUCUCUCAAAAACCCCCCCCCUGGGUUCCAAGUCCUAAAACCCCCUCCCUUUCCCAAUUUCUCUAAAACCCUCCCCUAUCAAGUCUCUCCCCCCUGCCCCUUAAAGUCUCCCCAAAAACCCUGCACUAGCCCAAGUCUCACCCCUUUCACUAGGUAAAGGUCCCCUCACCCCGGGCACUAGCCCAAGUCUCUCACCCCUCCCCUAGUCUCUCUCACCCCCUGCACUAGUCAAGUCUCUAAACCCCCCCCUAGAAAAAGUCUCCCCCCCCCUUUAAACUAAGUCAAUUUCUCUCCCCCUGCCAGUCAAGUCUCACUAAACCCCUCCCUAGCCCGUCUCCCCACCCCUGCACUAGCCCAAGUCUCUCCCCCCCCCUAGCCCAAUCCACCCCUCCCCCAAAGCCCAAUUCCCCUUCCCCCCUUUCCCCUACCCAAGUCUCUCACCCCCCCUGCACCAGUAAAGUCUCACCCUGCACUAGCCCAAGUCUCCCCCCCCCUGCACUAGUAAAUCUCACCCCCCCCCUGGGCCCCCCCCCUCCCCCCUCCCCAAAUAAAGCCCUCUUCCCCCCCCUUCCCUAGUCAAUUUCUCUAAACCCCGGGAAACUAUCAAGCCCUCCCCCCCCUCCCCUAGUAAAGCCCUCCCCCCCCUGCCUACAAGCCUCUCACCCCUCCCUAGUAAAGCCCUCUCCCCCCCUGCACUGGGCCAAGCCCCUCUAAACCCCUGCACAAAUUCAAGUCCCUCCCCCCCCCUGCCUAGCCCAAGUCUUUUAAACCCCCCCUGAAACUAGUAAAGGGUCUCUCAACCCCCUGCACUAGCCCAUCUCCCCCCCCCCCCUGCACUAGUAAAGUCUUUCCCCCCUCCCCGGGAAAAGGUUCCUCACCCCCUCCCUAGUCAAGUCUCCCCCCACCCCUUUCCCCCCAACCCCAAGCCCCCUAAACCCCUGCACUAUUAAAGUCUUUUCCACCCCCCGGGCCUAGUCAAGUCCACCCCCCUCCCUAUUCAAGUCCCCCACCCCCCCCCCUAGUCAAGUCUCUCCACCCCUUUGCCUGUAAAAUCUCACCCCUGCCCCCAUAUUCAAGUCUCUAAAAACCCCCCUGCACUUAAAGCUCUAAACCCCUGACUAGUCAAUCCUCACCCCCCCCCCCUAGUCCGGGUCCCCUCACCCCCUGCACUAGUAAAAAGGCCUCCCCACCCCUCCCAGUAAAGUCCUCCCACCCCCCCCCUGUCAAGUCUUUUCCCCCCCUGCACUAGUCAAUUCUCUAAACCCCUUUCACUAUCAAGCCUCUACCCCCUCCCCUAGCCCCAAAGCCUCUCCCACCCCUCCCCUAGUAAAGGGUCUCUCACCCCCCCCCUAUCAAUCUCUCCCCCCCUUCCCCCUAAGGCCCAAGUCUCUCACCCUUUUUGCACUAGCCCAAUUUCUCUCCCCCCUUCCUCAUUUUAAAAAAGUCUCCCCCCUCCUUUUAAAACCCCCCCUGCACAAAGCCCAAGUCUCACCCCCCCCCCCUAUUCAAGUCUCCCCCACCCCCCCCCUAGUAAAUCUCUCACCCCUCCCUAGUAAAAGUUUUAAACCCCCCCCAAAAGUAAAGUCUCUCACCCCCCCCCUAGUAAAAGUUUUAAAACCCUCCCCUAUUCAAUUCUCCCCCCUCCCGGGUCCCCUCCCCCUCCCUAUUCAAGUCCCCCAACCCCCCUCCCCUAGUAAAGUCUCUCACCCCUCCCCUAUUCCCCAAUCUCACCCCCCCCUAGUCAAGUCUCACCCCCCCCCCUAGUCAAUCUCUCCCCCUCCCACAGUAAAGGGUUCUCCCCCCCUCCCCUGCCCAAGUCUCUCACCCCUGCCCUAGCCCAAGCCUCUCCCCCCUCCCCGGGAAAGGGCCUUUUCCCCCCCUCCCCCUAGCCCGGCUCUCACCCCCCUAGUAAACCCCUCUAAAACCCUGCCUGCCGCCCCCUCACCCCUCCCCUAAGGUAAAAAGCCUCCCCCCCCCUUCCCCUAUUAAAAGCCUCUCCCCCCUCCCCUAGUAAAUUUCUCUCACCCCCCCCCUUAAGUCAAGUCUCCACCCCUGAAACUAGUCAAGUCUCCCCACCCCCCCCCUAGUAAAGUCUCACCCCCCCCCCUAUUCAAGUCCCCACACCCCUCCCCUAGCCAAGUCCCCCCCCCUCCCCUAUUUCAAGUCUCUCACCCUCCCCCCUCUCACCCCCCCCUAGUAAAGUCCCAACCCCUCCCCUAGUCAAGCCCUCUAAACCCCCCCUCCCCUAUCAAGUCUCCCCCCCCCCCCUAGUCAAGUCUCACACCCCCCCCCUAGCCAAGCCCCCCCCGUCCUAAACCCCUCCCCUAUUCAAGCCCUCUAAACCCCUGCCUAUUAAAUCUCUAAAAACCCUCCCCUAGUCAAGCCCUUUUCCCCAACCCCUGCACUAGUCAAGUCCUAAACCCCGGGCACUAGUAAAGUUCCUCCCCCUGCACUAGUCAAAGCCUCUAAAACCCCCCCUUUUCACAGAAAAAGCCUCCACCCCUCCCCUGGGAAAGUUCCCCCUUAAACCCCUCCCCUAGCCCCGUGUCCCAACCCCUGCAUAUCCAAGUCUCUCAACCCUCACUAGUAAAGGUCUCCCCCCCGGGCCUAGUCGGGCCCCCUCACCCCUCCCCAAAAGCAAGUUCUAAAAACCCUGCACUAGUAAAAAGCCCUCCACCCCUGCACUUCAAGUCCCCCACCCCCCUUCCCCCUAGCCCCAAGUCUCCCCCCCCCUUUCCCCCAAAGCCCAAGUCUCCCCAACCCUCCCCUAGUCGUGUCCCUCCCCCCCCCCCCUACCCCAAUCCUCCCCCACCCCCCUUUCACUAGCCCAAAACCCCCUCUAAACCCCCUGCCCAAAAGUAAAGUCUCUCCCCCCCCCUCCCAAAUCAAUCUCACCCCCUCCCCUAGUAAAGUCUCUCACCCCCCCCCUAGUCUUUCCCCCACCCCUCCCCUAUUAAAGUCUCCCCCACCCCCCCCCCCUAUAAGUCCCCCUAAAACCCCGGGCACUACCCAAGUCUCACCCCCUCCCCUAUCAAGUCUCACCCCUCCCCUAGUCAGUCCUCACCCCUGCACUAGUCAAUCCCCUCACCCCCUGAAACUAGUAAAGUCCCCCCCCACCCCUCCCCUAGUCAAGUCCCCCAACCCCCUUUGCACUAGCCCAAGUCUCCCCACCCCCCCCCCUUUUUUAUUUCCCCCCCCCUGGCUCCCCUCACCCCUCCCCUGCCCCCAAGUCUCACCCCGCACCCCAAAAAGCCCCAAUUCCCCACCCCUCCCCUAUUUCAAGUCUCCCCCCUCCCCUAGCCCCAAAAGUCUCACCCCUCCCCCCCCCCCAGUCUUUUAAAACCCUGCACUAGUAAAGUCUCUCACCCCUGAAACAAAGUAAAGCCCUCUCACCCCCUGCACUAGUAAACCCCCUCUCCCCCCUGCAUAGUCUUUCCCUCACUCACCCCCCCCCCCCUAGUCAAGUCCCCAACCCCAUCCCCUAUCAAGGCUCAAGUCUCACCCCCCCCAUAAACCCACCCCCCUCCCCUACCAAUUUCCCCACCCCCCCCCCUAGCCAAGUCUCUUCCCCCCACCCCCCCCCCCCUAUAAAUUUCCUAAACCCCUUUCCCCAUAAAAGUCUUCAACCCCCCCCCCUGCCCAAGUCUCACCCCCCCCCUAGUAAAGUCUCACCCCCUUCCCCUAGUAAAGUCUAAACCCCUCCCCUAGUCAAGUCUCACCCCUCCCCUAGUCAAGUCUCACCCCUCCCCUAGUCAAGUCUCACCCCUCCCCUAGUCAAGUCUCACCCCUCCCCUAGUCAAGUGUCUCACCCCUCCCCUAGUCGUGUCUCAACCCUGCACUAGUCAAGUCUCUCAAUCCUGCAAUAGUCAAGUAUCUCACCCCUGCACUAGUCAAGUCUCAACCAGUGGCGUAGCGCAGUUUGGCAAGGGCCCCCUGCAAGGUAAAACAGGUCACUUCUUGCAGUUAUACACAUUUAGUCACGGGGCAGAGAGAGUUUUUCAUUCCAUUCUUCCCCCACACAGUUACAAACCUUUCUAAGGAAACAAUGUGUUGAUAUAACGUAGUGAUUUCCAGUAGUUGCCUUCCUUGGCUCCUCCCAAGUCUGGUAUGUUUUUUCCACUGCGGUGUAUGGAACUAUGUAUCAGUCUCUGUCCUUCCUGUUGACGUCAUGAGGAAGCAAGGACACAGCUAUCGUUUCCCCUCUGGGUAUUUUUAUAACUCACAUGCAACAUUCUCAAGCGUUAAGCGUGAUUGUUUCGAUUGUCAAAUCAGAGGUAAAGAAAAUCUUUAUUUUACAUCUGGAAAUGCAUUGUUCAUACACUGAGUAUACAAAACAUUAAGAACACCUGCUGUUUCCAUGGCAUAGAUUGACCAGGUGAAUCCAGGUGAAAGCUAUGAUCCCUUAUUGAUGUCACUCAGUGUAGAUGACGGGGAGGAGUCAGGUUAAAGAAUAAUUUUUAAGCCUUGAGACAAUUGCGACAUGCAUUGUGUAUGUGUGCCUUUCAGAGGGUGAAUGGGCAAGACAAAAGAUUGAAGUGCCUUUGAACGGGAUUUGGUAGUUUGUGCCAGGCACACCGGUUUGUGUCAAGAACUGCAACGCUGCUGGGUUUUUCACACUCAACAGUUUCCCGUGUGUAUCAAGAACAGUCCACCACCCAAAGGACAUCCAGCCAACUUGACACAACCGUGGGAAGCAUUGGAGUCAACAAGGGUCAGCAUCCCAGUGGAAUGCUUUCGACACCUUUUAGAGUCCAUGCCACGACGAAUUGAGUUUGUUCUGAGGGCAAAAGGGUUCAACUCAAUAUCAGGAAGGUGUUCCUAAUGUUUGGUGUACUCAGUGUAGAAAUGUUUAGAAACUAGCAAAACUAUAUAUAAGAAAGUAUGUGGACACCCCUUCAAAUGACUGGAUUCAGCUAUUUCAGCCACACCAGUUGCUGACAGGUGUAUAAAAUCGAGCACACCGCCAUGCAAUCUCCAUAGACAAACAUUGGCAGUAGAAUGGCCUUACUGAAGAGCUCUGUGACUUUCAACGUGGCACCGUCAUAGGAUGCCACCUUUCCAACAAGUCAGUUCGUCAAAUUUAUGCCCUGCUUGAGCUGCCCCCAGUCAACUGUAAGUGCUUUUAUUGUGAAGUGGAAACGUCUAGGAGCAACAACGGCUCAGCCGCGAAGUGGUAGGCCACACAAGCUCACAGAACAAGGGCCGCCUAGUGCUGAAGCGCGUACAUUUUUUUGUCUGUCCUCGGUUGCAACACUCACUACCAAGUUCCAAACUGCCUCUGGAAGCAAUGUCAGCACAAUAAUUGUUUGUCGGGAGCUUCAUGAAAUGGGUUUCCAUGGCCGAGCAGCUGCACACAAGCCUAAGAUCACCAGCGCAAUGCCAAGCGUCGGCUGGAGUGGUGUAAAGCUCGCCGCCAUUGGACUCUGGGACAGUGGAAACGCGUUCUCUGGAGUGAUGAAUCACGCUUCGCCAUCUGGCAGUCCGAUGGACGAAUCUGGGUUUGGCGGAUGCCAGGAGAACGCUACCUGCCCCAAUGCAUAGUGCCAACUGUAAAGUUUGGUGGAGGAGGAAUAAUGGUCUGGGGCUGUUUUUCAUGGUUUGGGGCUAGUCCCCUUAGUUCCAGUGAAGGGAAAUCUUAACGCUACAGCAUACAAUGACAUUCUAGACAAUUAUGUGCGUCCUGCUUUGUGGCAACAGUUUGGGGAAGGCCCUUUCCUGUUUCAGCAUGACAAUACCCCCGUACACAAAGCGAGGUCCAUACAGAAAUGGUUUGUUGAGAUCGGUGUGGAAGAACUUGACUGGCCUGCACAGAGCCCUGACCUCAACCCCAUCAAACACCUUUGAGAUGAAUUGGAACGCCGACUGCGAGCCAGGCCUAAUCGCCCAACAUCAUUGCCCGACCUCACUAAUGCUUUUGUGGCUGAAUGGAAGCAAGUCCACACGGCAAUGUUCCAACAUCUAGUGGAAAGCCUUCCCAGAAGAGUGGAGGCUGUUAUAGCAGCAAAGGGGAGGACCCAACUCCAUAUUAAUACCCGUGAUUUUGGAAUGAGCUGUUCGACGAGCAGGCGUCCACAUACUUUUGGUCAUGUAGUGUAUCUAAUUAGCCUGCUAGCUAGCUAAGCUCAUAGAUCUACAUGGGGCUGAAUCCUAACUUCACAUCAGCACACAUUGUUUUUGCACAAAUGUUCCAUUGACAUCAGGUUUCACGUGUAUUUUAGCAUGUGUCAUGAAUACAUUGGAAGUGUUACUCCGUGAUGACUGGAUCUGCUCCGUGAUGACUGAUCUGCUCCGUGAUGACUGAUCUGCUCCGUGAUGACUGGAUCUGUUGUCAUCCUCCCAUUUGGUUUCUUUCAGGUGUGAACAUUUCCGUGUGCUGCUGAACGAGACAGACGAGGAGUCUAUGGAGAUCCACCAGUUUUCUUACCUGGUCUACAGGGCUUUUCUGGAGUACCUGUAUACAGAUACCAUCAACCUUCCUCCAGAGGACGCCAUAGGUAUGACCAUCUUAUAACCCCCCCGCACAGCCCUUACCCUUUCACAGACACCAUCAACCUUCCACCUGAGGACGCCAGAGGUACGACACCUAACCCUAACUCCUAACUCUAGCGUACCUUUACCUCAGAGGUGCGACGCAGUGUUUCCCCUAGAUUGUUCUCCAGUGCGGGGUACAAAGAGCGCCGUUAAGUACGCCACAGUGUUUUCCCUAGCUUAAUUAUUUACCAGACGGGUCUCAAAGGACCCCCGAAUCAACAUCUAGGGCCUGACGUGAGUUAUGACGGCUUAUAGAAAGUGUUUAUAAUGCACUAGACCUCCACCAUCAACCUGCCACCAGAGGUUGACCCGGGGCUCUGGUCAGCACUCUAAAAGGACUCGGUGCCAUUUGGGACGCGUUCCAAGUAUCUCUCCUCUGUGUCCUGUAGGUCUCCUGGACUUGGCUACGUUCUACCGCGAGACGCGUCUGAAGAGACUGUGUCAGGAGACCAUCAAGAUGGGAAACGCGUUCCAAGUAAUUUGCCUCUCGGCUCCGUUGCUACUUACCGAGACCAGUCUGGAGAUUCUCGUCAAGACCUGCCAGUGACCCCUCCGCAGGACCUUCUGUCUCAUGUGCCCUCACAGUACGAGUUGGGUAAGUUCCCUACCAGUCACUGACGUCAUGUGACUAUGUUCCCCCCAUGACCCGCUCUGUUACCUAGUGUUCCCCUACCAGUCACUGCCUGUCUGUUGUACUAGUUUUGUUCCCCUACCAAGUCACUGACCUGUCUGUUGUACUAGUUGUUCCCUCUACAGUCACUGACCUGUCUGUUGUACAGUUUUUUCCCUCUACCAGUCACUGACCUGUCUGUUGUACUAGUUGUUCCCCUACCAGUCACUGACCUGUCUGUUGUACUAGUUGUUCCCUACCAGUCACUGGACCUGUCGUUGUACUAGUUGUUCCCCCUACCAGUCACUGACCUGUCUGUUGUACUAGUUGUUCCCUCUACCAGUCACUGACCUGUCUGUUGGUACUAGUUGUUCCCUCUACCAGUCACUGACCUGUCGUGUUGUACUAGUUGUUCCCCUACCAGUCACUGACCUGUCUGUUGUACUAGUUGUUCCCCUACCAGUCACUGACCUGUCUGUUGUACUAUUGGUUCCCCUACCAGUCACUGACCUGUCUGUUGUACUAGUUGUUCCCCUACCAGUCACUGACCUGUCUGUUGUACUAGUUGUUCCCUCUACCAGUCACUGACCUGGUCUGUUGUACUAGUUUGUUCCCCUACCAGUCACUGACCUGUCUGUUGUAACUAGUUGUUUCCCCUACCAGUCACUGACCUGUCCUGUUGUACUAGUUGUUCCCCUACCAGUCACUGACCUGUCUGUUGUACUAGUUGUUCCCCUACCGUCACUGACCUGUCUGUUGUACUAGUUGUUCCCCUACCAGUCACUGACCUGUCUGUUGUACUAGUUGUUCCCCUACCAGUCACUGACCUGUCUGUUGUACUAGUUGUUCCCUCUACAUUCACUGACCUGUCGUGUUGUACUGACCUGUCUGUUGUACUAGUUGUUCCCUCUCCCAGUCACUGACCUGUCUGUUGUACUAUUUGUUCCCCUUCCCAGUCACGACCUGUCUGUUGUACUAGUUGUUCCCCUACCAGUCACUGACCUGUCUGGUUGUACUAGUUGUUCCCUUACAGUCACUGACCGUCUGUUUACUAGUUGUUCCCCUACCAGUCACUGACCUGUCUGUUUUUACUAGUUGUUCCCCUACCAGUCACUGACCUGUCUGUUGUACUAGUUGUUCCCUCUCCCGUCACUGACCUGUCUGUUGUACUAGUUGUUCCCUCUACAGUCACUGACCUGUUGUUGUACUAGUUGUUCCCCUCCCAGUCACUGACCUGUCUGUUGUACUAGUUGUUCCCCUACCAGUCACUGACCUGUGGUUGUACUAGUUGUGUCCCCUACCAGUCACUGACCUGUAUGUUGUACUAUUUGUUCCCCUACCAGUCACUGACCGGGUCUGUUGUACUAGUUGUUCCCUACCAGUCACUGACCUGUCUGUUGUACUAGUUGUCCCUCUACACCUGACCUGUCUGUUACAGUUGUCCCCUACCAGUCACUGACCUGUCUGUUGUACUAGUUGUUCCCCUCCCAGUCACUGACCUGUCUGUUGUACUAGUUGUUCCCUCUACAGUCACUGACCUGUCUGUUGUACUAGUUGUUCCCUCUACAGUCACUGACCUGUCUGUUGUACUAGUUGUUCCCCUACCAGUCACUGACCUGUCUGUUGUACUAGUUGUUCCCUCUACAGUCACUGACCUUCUGUUGUACUAGUUGUUCCCCUACCAGUCACUGACCUGUCUGUUGUACUAGUUGUUCCCUCUACCAGUCACUGACCUGUCUGUUGUACUAGUGGUUCCCCCACCAGUCACUGACCUGUCUGUUGUACUAGUUGUCCCCUACCGGGUCACUGACCUGUCGUUGUACUAGUGUUCCCCUACCAGUCACUGACCUGUCUGUUGUACUAGUUGUCCCCUACCAGUCACGACCUGUCUGUUGUUGUUGUGUUCCCCUACCAGUCACUGACCUGUCUGUUGUACUAGUUGUUCCCCUACCAGUCACUGCCCUCUGGUUGUACUAGUGUUCCCCUACCAGUCACUGACCUGUCUGUUGUACUAGUUGUUCCCCUCCCAGUCACUGACCUGUCUGUUGUACUAGUUGUUCCCCUACCAGUCACUGACCUGUCUGUUGUACUAGUUGUUCCCUCUACAGUCACUGACCUGUCUGUUGUACUAGUUGUUCCCCCUACCAGUCACGACCUGUCUGUUGUACUAGUUGUCCCCUACCAGUCACUGACCUGUCUGUGUACUAGUUGUUCCCUACCAGUCACUGACCUGUCUGUUGUACUAGUUGUUCCCUCUACAGUCACUGACCAUGUCUGUUGUAUAGUUGUUCCCUCUACAGUCACUGACCUGUCUGUUGUACUAGUUGUUCCCCUACCAGUCACUGACCUGUCUUUUGGGUACUAGUUGUUCCCCUACCAGUCACUGACCUGUAUGUUGUACUAGUUGUUCCCUCUACCAGUCACUGACCUGUCGGUUUGUACUAGUUGUUCCCCUACCAUCACUGACCUGUUGUUUGUACUAGUUGUUCCCUCUACCAGUCACUGACCUGUCUGUUGUACUAGUUGUUCCCCUACCAGUCACUGCCCUCUGUGUUGUAACUAGUUGUUCCCUCUACCAGUCACUGACCUGUCUGUUGUACUAGUGUUCCCUCUACCAGUCCACUGACCUGUCUGUUGUACUAGUUGUUCCUCUACCAGUCACUGCCCUCUGUGUGUACUAGUUGUUCCCUCUACAGUCACUGACCUGUCUGUUUGUACUAGUUGUUCCCCUACCAGUCACUGACAUGUCUGUUGUACUAGUUGUUCCCAUACCAGUCACUGACCUGUCUGUUGUACUAGUUGUUCCCUCUACAGUCACUGACCUGUCUGUUGUACUAGUUGUUCCCCUACCAGUCACUGCCCCUCUGUGUUGUACUAGUUGUUCCCCUACCAGUCACUGACCUGUCUGUUGUACUAGUUGUUCCCUACCAGUCACUGACUGUCUGUUGUACUAGUUGUUCCCUCUACCAGUCACUGACCUGUCGGUUGUACUAGUUGUUCCCCUACCAGUCACUGACCUGUCUGUUGUACUAGUUGUUCCCUCUACAGUCACUGACCUGUCUGUUGUACUAGUUGUUCCCCUACCAGUCACUGCCCUCUGUGUUGUACUAGUUGUUCCCCUACCAGUCACUGACCUGUCUGUUGUACUAGUUGUUCCCCUACCAGUCACUGACCUGUCGGUUGUACUAGUUGUUCCCCUACCAGUCACUGACCUGUCUGUUGUACUAGUUGUUCCCUCUACAGUCACUGACCUGUCUGUUGUACUAGUUGUUCCCUCUACAGUCACUGACCUGUCUGUUGUACUAGUUGUUCCCUCUACCAGUCACUGACCUGUCUGUUGUACUAGUUGUUCCCUCUACAGUCACUGACCUGUCUGUUGUACUAGUUGUUCCCCUACCAGUCACUGACCUGUCUGUUGUACUAGUUGUUCCCCUACCAGUCACUGACCUGUCUGUUGUACUAGUUGUUCCCCUACCAGUCACUGACCUGUCUGUUGUACUAGUUGUUCCCUCUACAGUCACUGACCUGUCUGUUGUACUAGUUGUUCCCCUACCAGUCACUGACCUGUCUGUUGUACUAGUUGUUCCCCUACCAGUCACUGACCUGUCUGUUGUACUAGUUGUUCCCCUACCAGUCACUGCCUUCUGUGUUGUACUAGUUGUUCCCCUACCAGUCACUGACCUGUCUGUUGUACUAGUUGUUCCCUCUACCAGUCACUGACCUGUCUGUUGUACUAGUUGUUCCCCUACCAGUCACUGACCUGUCUGUUGUACUAGUUGUUCCCCUACCAGUCACUGACCUGUCUGUUGUACUAGUUGUUCCCCUACCAGUCACUGACCUGUCUGUUGUACUAGUUGUUCCCCUACCAGUCACUGCCCUCUGUGUUGUACUAGUUGUUCCCCUACCAGUCACUGACCUGUCUGUUGUACUAGUUGUUCCCUCUACCAGUCACUGACCUGUCGGUUGUACUAGUUGUUCCCUCUACCAGUCACUGACCUGUCAGUUGUACUAGUUGUUCCCCUACCAGUCACUGACCUGUCUGUUGUACUAGUUGUUCCCUCUACCAGUCACUGACCUGUCUGUUGUACUAGUUGUUCCCCUACCAGUCACUGCCCUCUGUGUUGUACUAGUUGUUCCCUCUACCAGUCACUGACCUGUCUGUUGUACUAGUUGUUCCCUCUACCAGUCACUGACCUGUCUGUUGUACUAGUUGUUCCUCUACCAGUCACUGCCCUCUGUGUUGUAUUAGUUGUUCCCCUACCAGUCACUGACCUGUCUGUUGUACUAGUUGUUCCCUCUACCAGUCACUGACCUGUCUGUUGUACUAGUUGUUCCCCUACCAGUCACUGCCCUCUGUGUUGUACUAGUUUUCCCCUACCAGUCACUGCCCUCUGUGUUGUACUAGUUGUUCCCCUACCAGUCACUGACCUGUCUGUUGUACUAGUUGUUCCCCUACCAGUCACUGACCUGUCUGUUGUACUAGUUGUUCCUCUACCAGUCACUGCCCUCUGUGUUGUACUAGUUGUUCCCCUACCAGUCACUGCCCUCUGUGUUGUACUAGUUGUUCCCCUACCAGUCACUGCCCUGUCUGUUGUACUAGUUGUUCCCCUACCAGUCACUGCCCUGUCUGUUGUACUAGUUGUUCCCCUACCAGUCACUGCCCUGUCUGUUGUACUAGUUGUUCCCCCUACCAGUCACUGCCCUCUGUGUUGUACUAGUUGUUCCCCUACCAGUCACUGCCUUCUGUGUUGUACUAGUUGUUCCCCUACCAGUCACUGCCCUGUCUGUUGUACUAGUUGUUCCCUCUACCAGUCACUGCCUUCUGUGUUGUACUAGUUGUUCCCCUACCAGUCACUGACCUGUCUGUUGUACUAGUUGUUCCCCUACCAGUCACUGCCCUGUCUGUUGUACUAGUUGUUCCCCUACCAGUCACUGACCUGUCUGUUGUACUAGUUGUUCCCCUACCAGUCACUGACCUGUCUGUUGUACUAGUUGUUCCCCUACCAGUCACUGCCCUGUCUGUUGUACUAGUUGUUCCCCUACCAGUCACUGCCCUGUCUGUUGUACUAGUUGUUCCCUCUACCAGUCACUGCCCUGUCUGUUGUACUAGUUGUUCCCCUACCAGUCACUGACCUGUCUGUUGUACUAGUUGUUCCCUCUACCAGUCACUGACCUGUCUGUUGUACUAGUUGUUCCCCUACCAGUCACUGACCUGUCUGUUGUACUAGUUGUUCCUCUACCAGUCACUGACCUGUCUGUUGUACUAGUUGUUCCUCUACCAGUCACUGACCUGUCUGUUGUACUAGUUGUUCCCUCUACCAGUCACUGCCUUCUGUGUUGUACUAGUUGUUCCCCUACCAGUCACUGACCUGUCUGUUGUACUAGUUGUUCCCUCUACCAGUCACUGACCUGUCUGUUGUACUAGUUGUUCCCCUACCAGUCACUGACCUGUCUGUUGUACUAGUUGUUCCUCUACCAGUCACUGACCUGUCUGUUGUACUAGUUGUUCCCCUACCAGUCACUGCCCUGUCUGUUGUACUAGUUGUUCCCCUACCAGUCACUGACCUGUCUGUUGUACUAGUUGUUCCCCUACCAGUCACUGCCCUGUCUGUUGUACUAGUUGUUCCCCUACCCAGUCACUGACCUGUCUGUUGUACUAGUUUGUUCCCCUACCAGUCACUGCCCUGUCUGUUGUAACUAGUUGUUCCCCUACCAGUCACUGCCCUGUCUGUUGUACUAGUUGUUCCCUACCAGUCAUGACCUGUCUGUUGUACUAGUUGUUCCCCUACCAGUCAUGCCCUGUCUGUUGUACUAGUUGUUCCCCUACCAGUCACUGACCUGUCUGUUGUACUAGUUGUUCCCCUACCAGUCACUGCCCUGUCUGUUGUACUAGUUGUUCCCCUACCAGUCACUGCCCUGUCUGUUGUACUAGUUGUUCCCUCUACCAGUCACUGCCCUGUCUGUUGUACUAGUUGUUCCCCUACCAGUCACUGACCUGUCUGUUGUACUAGUUGUUCCCCUACCAGUCACUGCCCUGUCUGUUGUACUAGUUGUUCCCCUACCAGUCACUGCCCUGUCUGUUGUACUAGUUGUUCCCCUACCAGUCACUGACCUGUCUGUUGUACUAGUUGUUCCUCUACCAGUCACUGACCUGUCUGUUGUACUAGUUGUUCCCCUACCAGUCACUGACCUGUCUGUUGUACUAGUUGUUCCCCUACCAGUCACUGACCUGUCUGUUGUACUAGUUGUUCCCUCUACCAGUCACUGACCUGUCUGUUGUACUAGUUGUUCCCCUACCAGUCACUGCCCUCUGUGUUGUACUAGUUGUUCCCCUACCAGUCACUGCUCUCUGUGUUGUACUAGUUGUUCCCCUACCAGUCACUGACCUGUAUGUUGUACUAGUUGUUCCUCUACCAGUCACUGCCCUCUGUGUUGUACUCCUCCUGUCCCCAGCGCUGACCCCUGACCCCUGACACCACUGACCAGCCAUCCGUCUCCCUGUUCCUCCUACAGGAUCUGGAAGAGUUCUGCUUCAAGUUCUGUGUCAACCACCUGACGGCCGUUACGCAGACGCAGGCCUUCGCCGACAUGGACCACGAGCUGCUGAAGACAUUCAUCAGUAAAGCUAGCCGCUACGGGGCCUUCAAGAACUGA